CAGUGUCAAGGUUGCCAAUCUUGUGUUCCAAAAUGCAUAGGACCUAAAGGUGAUCGGGUAGGUACAGAGGCUUUUACAGGUGUUUUUCAGUUUCUUUAAGUUGUCAAUAAUAAAAUCACUGCAUUUUCCAGGAGAGUGAAAAAGCCAUUUAAAUGACAUAUUAGCUGUCAUUUUUCUGAUAUGAGCAAGCAAUAGAUAUUUUAAAGCUCCCCACCUUGUGAGCAGUCAAUAUUUCUCAUUUAUCUUUCUGACAAGUAAAAUAAGUCAAUUGUUUAGUGCACCUUUUGUCCUUGUAGUCUUAAGCUUACUCUGUGACAUUUUGCGUUGAUGGUUUUUCCUUGUCUCUUACCUAAAACAACACGUGAAUCAGAAACACCACUGCUGAGGGAGUAAAUUUGUUUUGGUGGGUAGGGCAUGGUAGGUCUGUGGUGAAAGGGCUGGGUUUGUUCAAAUACAGUCGACUCCUGAUAACUGGAAUCUUCUGGGGAAAUCAAAAAGAGUUUGAGUUAUCGGGAGUUUGAAGCAAAUAACUGGAAUUAUACAGAAAUAACCAAAUGGAUGGGGAGGGAAUGCAAGUAUCUUGCACACUUCAAUCAAUGAGCAGCAAGAGAUUAGAUUGAUAUUUUGAAAAAGGAAUUAAGCAACAAAGAUUGAUUAAUAUACAGGGAUGGGCACUGAAUUUGAACUGGAGUGACAAAAAAGGAAAGACAAGUAAUUGACAUGGUUGUUUUGAAAUAAGUUCAAUGUUUCAGACUUCAGUACACUGUUUUUUUCUCAGCAUGUUAUGCACUUAAAACAUGGUUCAAGUUAAUCUAUUCAGUUUAAAAUUAUAUAGACGUGAUCUGAAGGGAACAGAAAUUACUUCGAGUUAUUGGGAGGUUCGAGUUAUUUAGGGUUCAAGUUACGGAGGGUAAAAUUAAAGUAAAAGUAUUUAGGAAAUCCAGGGGAAAUUGACUUUGGUUUGAGUUAGUGAGGGUUCGAGUUAUUUGGAGUCAACUGUUGGUAGGAUUCAUGUGGUCCCCAAGAAUACAGUACCAUCUUUAAUUAAAAGUUCUGGUCUUCAUGCAGUUGUUUCACAGUAUACUCUUUGUACAAGUUUUUGUCUACCAGGUUCUAAUUUGUAGCCUGCAAGCAAGAUUUGGGAAUUGAAAGUGAGCCAGGAAAUAUUGGUGCAGGAAAAACCCCACCCUUUUGCCUCGCUUUGCUUGCCAGUAUCCUUCACUUCUCUUGAUUUUGCGACAAGUUGCUCUGACUGAAUCUGACUUGACUUUUUGGCUAAAAUAACAGCAUUUAACUGUUUAUUUGACUUUUCAAUUUAGGGUCAAAGAGGAAGAACUGGAGAAACUGGGCCCCCAGGUGUACCAGUAAGUAAAUAAUAAUCAUUACAGUGUUCACACACUUUUUAGGAGUAUUAAUUCACUUUCUUUCCAUGAUCUAGCCUGCGCCAGGCUUUCGGUCAGUAUGCACUAGUAAAAAAAGUGAAUGAGCAAAGAAAUAGUGAACAAGCAAAAAACAGCAGGGAGAGAGAAGGGAAGAGCUUGUAAGCAUCUUUUCUAAUACAUCAAUUGACCCACUACCCUGACCACUGAGGAACCAUACAUUUCUAGUGUCAAAAUGUCAAAUAACGACGUGUCAGAAGCAGGGUUGUGAAAAGAAGCCAGCUGCUGGCAAAAAUCACCACCUACUUCGUUAGUAUUGGCCAGCUAAUCUGCUUGGCAUUUCUUUACGGAUGGCAUUUUUUAAAUAAAAUAUCCCUGGACUGGCCGUUUACUUUGACAACUCAGCUGUCUACUUCAAAACUUUCUGACAACCCUGCAAAAGGUGCAGUGUAUAAGGGUUUUUAUGCUUGACAUGUUUGCUCUGAGUGCAUAAAGCCAAAUGAUUGGCGUACGUGUUGAAGUGAUGGUCCCAUUUGCCAAUCAUAGGGUGGUUGUAUAUGGGAGCUGGUAUACUGGAAUAAGCUAUUAAAAAAAAUGUUUACAUGCUCCACCACUCUAUCUCUCCCCAACCCCUCGCAGUCAUUGCACAACUUUUCGCAAUCCACUAUCUUGGAACCUGGAACAGGCUACAUGUAUCUCUAACGCUUUUUUCACGUUAAACCUUAAUUCAAUGAAGAGUUGUUUUACAAAUUCUGUCCUUAAUUACAAAUUCUGUCAGAAUAACAGCUGUUAAGGCACGUUUUAACUUGCUCAAUUUUUUCAUGUUUUCAGAUUUUUUGCCUAGUUUCUAUUCUUAAUCAGCAUGUUAAUAAGUGAUACAAUUCCCAGAAACUCAUCCAUGGCUUCACAAGGCCAUGCCUGAAAAACGGAGGGUUUAAAAUGCCACGACGUUUCAGGUCUUUUUCUAUGAUCAAUAAAUCCUAAAUAUAUUUUUUACUGCAGUAUUUUACUAGUUGGAUGUUAAAAGGGAAGAUGAACAAAGUAAACGAUAUUCUUUGAUAAAUGUACCCAGAUGGUUAAAUCGAAGUUUUUCGUACAGCAUGCCCCUAUUUUGCAGUGAUCAGAAGCUUAACUUAAGAAAACAAAUGUUCAAAAAGUGUAACAUGUCUAAAGAUCCAAAAACAGCUGAUAAAAAUUAAAGUCUUGAGCUUAGCUACGUAAGAAUGGCAGCUUGUUUACAAUCACCAAGUACAUUUACAAAGUAAACUUCCUAGCUCUCUUGUAUUUUCUAGGGCUAUCCAGGACCUGAAGGUCUUUCUGGGCCAAGAGGCUAUAAGGUAACUGAGGUUAAAUUGACAUUCAACGUUAACUGAUCGAUCCCCAAGACAAAUGUAUGACCAACAAAUCUACCGUCUUCUUGUCACAGGAAUGAACGGAUCUGAAUAGCUGUUAGUUUGAAUCAAUGCCUAUGAUAUUCUAGCCUUCGAUGACGUUAAAGGAAGAACGAAGAAGCUAGAAAAACUUACACAAGUUCAAUGCUUGUCAGCUUAUCAGCUGUUCCCGCUCCUUUUUGACAUCCAGGCUUGGCUACAAUGUUCUUGCAUAACUUAAACAUGGCGGACGUGAAGCUGUUUUCGUGGAGAGUUUGCCAUCUCUCCAGACAUUUUGCUUGCCAAGUCAUGACUUCAAGAUCUUUCUUUUUCAGGGAGACAGAGGAGAAAAUGGUCCAAGGGGUGAAAAAGGAAAUAGAGUAAGAAAAUCAUUUUAAUUUUAAGCAGUUUAUUUCAGAUUCAGCUGAUCGCUCAACUUUGAUUAUUCAAUUCAAUACAGCUGAGUUCUUUCAUGUAAUAAACAAAGGUAAGUUGUGAGAAAUUUAGUGGCAAACAUUUUGCAACGGUUUUUGUUUUAUUCAUUUUGACAGGGACAACUUGGACCUCCUGGUAUGCCAGGUCAAAAUGGCAAUCCGGUAAGUAUUAAACAUGUCUAAUUCUGGUCUACUAAGUUUACAUUAAGCUAAAGUUUAAUUGUAAUUAAACUUAAGUAUAAAACAAAUCUAAUAUAACUUUAUUAAAUGAUUUUUUCACUUUAUUUCGUGCUUUUAUGGACAAAAAAUUAAUAUAAUAAACUAAAAAAUUAGUAUAGAUUGGGAAAAAUGGUGUGGCAUUGACAUGCAAUAAACACCCACUAAUAAAAAUUUGGCACUUUGAUACUCAAAAAUAUGAGAACCUGUUUAGCCAAGCAAGAUCAAGCAUGUUCUUGUAAGUGGGUUAUGGUUUUUACAAUAAACAGUUUAACAAACAACCCUCAAAGUUAAAAUUUUUGUUCAGUGGCCAUUUGGCGAUCAGCUCUUUGGGUUUAGUCGCCAGGGGAAAGUUUUAGGCGCCAAAUUAUAAUAGUAACUUAAUAUAUCAAAAUUGUCAUUAACAAAAGCAGUUAACAAGUUUAACUUAAAAUGCAGCACUGUCAUAUAAAUUACUCGUUUAUUGUGAAUAAGGUUUGCAGAUUCAUCUCCUUAAAUCAAUACCGAAACGGAAUUGUAAAGACAAUUACCAUUUCCAUAUGUUUUUAGGGCCUUCAAUCCUUCUGUAUAAUCCCCAGUUGGUAUAUGAGAGCAGAACUUAACUCAUCCUCUGUUAAUGUGUUUAAAAUUUCCCAGUCGCAACUUGAUAGGCGACCUAUUUUUUUUUCCUGAUAUUUGUUUCGCAUUUCUUUUGCGACUUUUGUUGAUGAUGAACUUGUUUCCCCAACUAACAAAUAUUUUUGGAGAUUUAAAAGGUCGUUUUUAAUAUCGCUAGACAUUGCAAAAGCCUGACAAAGGCAGGAGAGUAUAGGAAGAUUGACAAGUUUUCUAAAUCAAAUCAUUGCUUUACAGAGAUAACAUGUGAAAAUUUUGCAACGAGUUGUACUGGGAAAAAAUGUUUCUCCCAAUCAAUUGAAAGGAACCCAAACAAAAAUGCCGCUUAUGAAAUAAUAAAUUUUCUUUUUCCUUUAUCAUCGCUACGGGUGUUUUAAAAAAACAUUUUUUGCAACAACCAUAAGCUGUCAGUUUUGCGAUGUUUAGAUUCGCUUACAAUUAUCGCUUUUGUUUACAAAACCGCGAUUCAACUUGCAGCACGGUUCACAUGUUAUGGUUAUCACAUAAUCUUCUGUGUUGAAUUUGCACCAAUUUAGCUUUCCCUCUUCAUAUUAUUAGAUUGUUUCAGUAUUGAUUCAAAAAUAUUUAUAAUAUGUAGUCCAGUUAAAAAACCACCGAACUUGGCUAGACAAGCAUUCCUAAGAUAUCGAAGAAAUCGUCACUGUCGACAAGCAAGGCGCUUCGACUGCGUGCCAUUUGUCACAUGUCAAAAGUGAAAAUGUCACGUGCAAGGCAACAGACUGAAGGCGAUUAGGCGAAUGAAUGCAAGUCAAGUUGCAUUGAUGUUCAUUUUCAAAACGCUUAGCUCUGAGACUUUUUUAAGUUUUCAAUUUAACAUGUUUUUCAACGGAAAAGUAAAAAAGUAAUGGAAUUCGAAUCAGCUAGAAUAAAUGUUCUUUAUAUUUCAGUAGAAGUGAUUACCAUUUCUGUUUCUUUUCGCCACAACACGAACCUAUUCUUCACGGUCGCCAGCUUGGUGACUAUUCUCCAAAUCAAGUCGCCAGUUCCAAAAUUUUAGGCGCUAUGGCGACUAAAAUGGUCGCAACUUGGAGGGUUGACAAAGGAGUGUAAUUUUGAGUUGUAAAUUUAAGUAUAUCAAGAACAUACUGUAGUAAACCGUAUAUGAACUGAGUAAACAGUUUUGUUAGGGUUAUAGUAAUACAAUUGUCAAUAAAUAAAAAGUUUAUUUGUUUUUUUGGUAAUCAACAAUGUAUUAUCUCCUUAAGUUAUAUGUUGACAGAUAAAAUAAUGAUAAUGAUAAUGAUAAUGAUAAUAAUAAUAAGAAUAUUUCCUAUCGUAUAGGGAAUGCCAGGGGAAGAUGGCCCAAUGGGCAUGAUGGGAGAUCCUGGCUGUAAUGGAACAAAAGUAAGUAGUAUAUAGUAACUUACAUAUAAGCACAUUUUAAUGUUGGUAUUCAGCAGGCAAAGUUGAUGCUAAUCAAAUCCUUGGUUAGAAUGUUAGCUUUCUUAACUUUUUUCUUUUAUUCACCUUUGGUUCUAGGUCUUCUAGUGCAUGUAAACGCCCUCAAAUUUUUUCAGGAGAACCCUUAGGAGUGAAGCUCUAGUUUACAAAUCAUAUUUUUUUCAGAACAGCCAUUCUACAGAAAUUAUGCAACAUUAGAUUCUCAUACAAAAACUGUAAUUUCUCACGCAUUUGCUUACUUGUCAAGAUGGUGUCGAAAACCGUGACAAGAUCUAUUAUGAUGAGUAUUCUUUCUAUGGUUGAACCUCUGCUAAGGGCCAUCUCUUUGGAACGGCCACUUUUUUUUGUCUCCAUCCAUACAUUAGGGCCAUUUAUAUGAGGAAAAAUAAGACGCGAACUGUACCAUUUAUACGAGCAUGUCUUUUCUAAUAAGACGCAUCUUAGCUAAGCGGCGUCUUAUUUUAGACGAAAUGUGCCGUUUAUAUGGAAAGUUCGCGUCUUAUAUUUUCUCGUAUAAAGGGCCCUAUUGACUCUUGUUAAAAAACUCUCUACAACUGCCCCGACUUUACAAUGGCCACUUUCCUCUGUCCCCAAGAUGGCCGUUGUUGAGAGGUUCAAUAGUAUUUCAUUUCCUUGAUAAAUGCAUGCUUCUAGCACUCAUGGUUGAUACUUUUUUAAAUGAUAGGGUGAAAGAGGUCGUGCCGGUAGUCCUGGAAACCCUGGGGUCAAAGGAGAAAAGGUAAAAUCAGAAUACCUUACUUGACAAAAUGCCAUCCUUGAAUAAGCACCACACCCUUCAGCAACAUUGUCUCCCCAAAUCUAAAUAAAUAUAAUGGAAAUAACAGCAGAUAGUUAGUGGUGUAAUGGUUAAUCAAAUUCUCGGUUAAUCGCAAUUAUGAUCAUUCAGUUUGAUUCACGAUUCUAUACUUUCAUGUUUUACUUUUGGUUCGAUUUUUGCAAACCUUUUCCAGGGUGCCUGCAGUGAGUUAUUAUAUUGUAAAAUCAGAAUGUGGAACUCUUUAAAAUGUGCGUUUUUGAUUGACAAGCAAAGACGAUAGAGGCUUGUGCGCCUUGUUGUCUUGCCUAGUAAAAUUCUGUCCUUCAACCACCCCUUGAGAAUUCCCAAAUUAAGGUAAACCAUGUGCAACAUGCUUUUUGUCAGGUUCUCAAACAUGGCGAUAAAUGACCAAGCCACUGUGAAUCCUCCUGUCGCUGUUACUAUUCACAAAUUGAGGGUUUAGGGUUGCAUGUUGUUUACAUUAUGCGUUAUGUCAUAAGAAUUAAGAAACAUUUACGUAAUCGAAUCGAAAUAAUCAAAAUCAAAAGGCAAUAAUCAAAAUCAAAUCGAAUUGCAAGGAAUAUGAAUCAUUACUUCCCUAGUAAUAGUUUCCGCUGAUAAAUUAUGAUAAAUAGCAAUAUAAAAAGCUUAUUAUUGCAAGCAGUCAUUUUUUUUUACCUGAGGAGUUCAAGUUCUCCAAUAUUUUUUUUCCUGUUUUAGGGCUUUCCUGGAAUUCAAGGCAUACAGGGUGAAAAGGGAUCGUCUGCUACUGAGGUUGUUGGUGCUAAGGUAAGCUGACAAGCUCUCUGUAUAAUCUAGUUACUGUUUACUCAUGCCUGUCCCUUCUCCUUUACCAUAAUUAACCAUCAGGGCCCAGUUGCUCGAAGCAUGGUUAGCGUUAACCAGCGUUUAAUACCAUGACAACGUAUUGAUUUGAUACUGCUUAACCAAUGGUUAACGCUAACUAUGCUUCGAGCAACUCAGCCCAGGGGGGAAAGAAAAACAUUUUCACCAACAGAACCAAGGUGAUCGCUUUGUUUUCAAAAGAAUUCCAUGUUCUUCAGAGUCUAUAUGUUGUCUUGUAAUUUCUUAAAUUGCCAUAAUAAAAAUCGUGAACUAGAAAAUUAAUGGUAAAAUUGAAAAGUGUUUUGAUCUGUACCGCCAUCAGGGCACGUAGGAUUUCAUUGGAUGUUGUGUGAUAACUGACUUUUAUUUUCUGCUCAACCUGUGGUACAAAUUGUAUUUGUAUCUUGAUUUUUUUAUUUACAAUUUUUUUGAAGGGUGAUAAAGGACUCCCUGGACCUCCAGGAGACCCUGUAAGUAUUAUCGUCAUGUUUUAUAGUGUUAGUGACUUACAAUAGAGUUAAAUCAAUUGGUCACAGAACAUUGUUAAUGACUUAGUUCUUUUCAAAUUAUCCUGUGGUUAAUAGCAGUAGUUCAGGGCCCUGUGGCAGAGAUGCCAACCUCUGGAGACCUAAAAUCGGGAGACUGUCUUUUUUUAACUACCCCCCCCCCAAAAAAAAAAUUGACCCAGCCCCCAAUGGGAAUGACUUAGGACAUUAUAAUAUGGCGUCUUACAUGAUGUACAUACUAUCAAAAUUCGAAAUCAUCAUUUUGAUGCUAGAAAUAAUCUUUGUCAAUGACUAAAUACGUGCAAAAAUGCCCCAGAAACCGUACUGCGAAUAAGAAAAAUUCAAGUUUUGAGCUAAAAAUGGGCUAAAUCUCAAACUAAGUCUGUUUUUUUUACUAAGUAGUCAAUAUUUAUAGUGGAUGUAAAAAGCGGGAGAGUGGGAGACGAGGCAAAAACGCGUAAGUCUCCCGCCGAAAGCGGGAGAGUUGGCAUCACUGCUGUGGGGUUGGUGGGAGGGGAAUACACUGUACUCAUUCUUAGAAUUUUAAGUGGGGAGUGUGCCUGGAAUUUGAACCCUUGGCUUUCCUCUACAAGCAUAUGUUUACCAAACAAUGUUCAUUUAAAAUUUUGCCACCAGAUUAACUAUGAACAAGAACAUUACAUUUUCUAACACUUUUCCAUGACAAUUUUCCCGUAAGUGAUUUCUACUUUACACCAAAACUCUUAUUUCUCCACCCCAUUUCAGGCUAAGCUCCUGAGAACCUUACCUUUCACAUUGGCAUAUUCCUAUAUUAGGCAUACAUUGGCAUAUACCUAUAUUAGCCCAACAUUGGCAUAUACCUAUAUUAGCCCAACAUUGGUAUGUACCUAUAUUAGCCCAACAUUGGCAUGUACCUAUAUUAGCCCAACAUUGGCAUAUACCUAUAUUAGCCCAUAGAUGGAAAUGGCCUCUCUACUUGUUGUCAGAGUAUUACACUUCAACUCCCAACAGGAUUUUAAGCUCAUUUUUUCUCCCAUGUUUGUGGCAUCCUUAAUACUACAUGACCAAGCCUCUAAAAAUUACAUUUUUGGUCUCUUUACAUGUAUCACCUUUUUAUUUCUAAUUUUUUUUCUACAGGGAAUGCGUGGGGACCCUGGAAGUCCUGGAUCACAGGGACCUAAAGGAGACAAAGGUGCAAAUGGAACUCAGGGACCGAUUGGAGAAAGAGGAGAGAAGGUACUAAUGCACUUGAUUUUUUAAAGGAAAAGGUGUGAAUGAAAGCCCGUCUUGAAUCACCUACAGUACUUGAAGCUUUUAAGUCACACAGAGCUUCUGAUAUUUCGUGCAGUCACGGGGCCACGAAAUUCACGUAAAUCCACAAAAUACCACGAAAUUCACAAAAACACGCAAAAUACCAUGAAAUUCAGUAGAAAUCUUAUCAAAUACAUGUCUGUACAACAUAUUUGAAACUUAUCUCAGCUACUGGGGCUGUUUACUUGCUGUAAACUUACAAAUUUGUCUUGAAACUUUGUCACUGAAAUGUGCAAACAAUGUCCCGAAACUACCAGUUGUAGAUUAUGUUGCGAAAAACUGGGCACUAGCCAUGAUGUUACAGUCAAACCAGGUCAAGCGUUCCCGUUGCUAACAAAGUAAUGAAUUCAUUAAUGGCAAAAUGAUUUCGUUUGUUGAUUCAAUAAUCCAUUCAUAAAAUGAAUAAUCCAACAGUCAAAUUGGACCUUGAUUCGAUAAUUAAAUGUUGAUUUGGUUUAUGAACAAAAUCUACCUGUAUUUGCUUCCCUUUUCCUGCCGUAUACGAUUGGGUUUUUUAUUGCCUUUAAUCAAAAUAACAGCUAGAAUAGACAGACCGCAAAUGCAAAGAAACUGACAAAAGCCAGGGAUCGAAAUCCAUCAAUCAUCGCACAUACACUGACCUUAGUUUGACCAUCCUGUUUUCUAAGAGGUCAGGGGUCUGUUGCACUGAUUACUGGCAACAAAAUGGCGUACAUGUAACAGUGUGUUUGGGUUUGAACUUCAGAACUUGCCUGCACUCGACCCUUAGAAAAAAAGAAGAAAAAACAAAAUUCUUUGGUUGACUUGCGGAAAGUGUAGUUUUUCAAAAAACGGUAAUCGAAUCAACAUUUGAUUAUGGAAUCGAGGGUAAAUAUGAAUAUUUAAUUGUUCAUUUUAUGAGUGGAUUAUUGAAUCAAGGAACGAAAUCAUUCUUCCGUUAAUGAUUUCAUUAGUGCAUUAGCGACGGGAACGUUUGACCUGGUUUGACUGUAAAGGCUUUGCUAUUGGUUCAUUUCUGGAGGCUGCAUAUUGUUGUUGAAAGAACAAAUGAUGACCUCUGUUAGAAAAACGUUAAAAACACUGGUCUCAUCAGCGCAGAUCCAAUCGAUUUCUAGCGAAAUUUGCCCUGAAAAUAACCACAAAAUCGGCUGUUGUCUACCGAUUGCUUUUUGGCGAAGUUUGCCUCAAAAAUUCCUGCAAAAUUCCCGCGAAAUUGGCUGAUUUGUCCUCGAAUUUAUCACAAAAAGUCCUGCAAAAUUUGACUUUUUUUUCUGCGACUUAUCAGACGCCCUGGUCACAAGAGUGAUCAACAUCAAUUAUCUUCUAGCAAUACAUGAUAAGAACAAAAGGUCAUGAGAAUUAAUAGAACAAUUACCAAAGGGCAAAUGCUUUGAUCCUGUAUCAAAUUCUCUCAACAUUCUCUAAGGAAAUGUAUAAAGAUCAGUCUGGAGAAUUUGUAUGUGGAUAUUGGGGCUUAAAAGGUCAACAUUGUCCUUACUUGCAGCCAUAACCCUAUGACACAUGUCUGGCAUAACUCCUUUGGAAAUAUUAAUGUAGAUCAUGCCAUUUCUGAGUCAUUUGUCACAGAUUUGAUUCUCAUACAAUGCGAUGUGUGUGUUUAAUGCAUCAGUUAUUAACACUUUUUAUAAUGACUUGUUUUUAUUCCUUUACAGGGAGCUAUGGGCAUUGCUUUUAGGGGUCCCUCAGGAGAUAAAGGUGAAAAGGGUGUGCCUGGACAGAAGGGACAACCAGCUUCAAUUGGCGAAAUUGGCAAAUUGAAUGACACGACCAUCAUAAAGGUGAGAGUGAAUAAUUAUGGCUGGGUGAGGGCGAGCAGAGUAUCGCAAUUUGUGAGCUCCAUGACACCUUGAGUCACAUCUACAAACCUGUAAAUUAAACCCUCCAACACAUUUUUCCAUUUUAACCAGAAUAAUUGGAAGAUAUAUACACCAUUAAUUUUGUUUAAUCAAGCUCACCCAAUGAGACAUCAUCAAACCCUGGAUGAGGUCAUCAAUCCCUGUGACCUCACUAAAUGACAAUAGGUCGAGGAUAGGUCAUGGUUGUAGCCAUAGGAGCUGUUCCAAUUGAAGUUUGUCUAUGCUGCACCCAUUGUAUUUUGAGGGUUAUUACAGUGUCCUUCCCAAGUUUAGUGGAGGUAUAAAUUGCGAUAUUUAACCCGUCCCUUGAAUAUUUUUAAAUGUUUCAAGAACUAUUUCUCAAUUUUAUUAUCAACUGAUUGGAAAUAUUCUUUUUUUUCCAGGGUGCACAAGGUGAAAAAGGAGAGAAGGUAUCAAAUAUGUUCUUUAUCGACUGUUGAAAAAAAUCAAAAUUUUCAUUCUGGGAAGUGAGAUUGAUUAACUUUUCUUGCACUGUUCUCUAUUUUCUUACUUUCUCUCUUUUUCAUGCCCAGUAUUCUGAGGGGCAAACGUUUCUGUCUACAUGGUGGGUCCAAACCACCCCUCAAAUGUUGCAUGAGUGCUACAUUUAUGUAUUUCUUACAAUUUUUGUUAUUAGUAAACCCAACUUGCUUGAUGGACUACGAUUAACCCUUUAAGCCCUGAGAGUAAUCAGCAUCAAAUUUCUCCUUGUAAUAUCAAUGCUUUGUAUAACACAGUGGUCAUGAGAAUUACGGACAUGAUCAGACAAGAUGAAUUUGAUUGGUAUUUCAUCAACUUCUGCCCACUACUUCUGUAGGAAAUGAAUUAGGGCAACAAAUGAGAAUUUGAUUUUUGAUCUCAGGGUUUAAAGGGUUAAUGACCGGAAACUUUUUGGGAUCUUUUUAGGUAGAAGUACAAAUUGUGAUGUCAUACUGGCUGAUGUCGUCAAAAUGGGGAAAAUUGUUUCUUUUCACUUUUCAAAACUUAUAUCAUCUUUAAGAGUGUUAGAAGUGGUGCAAAACACUGAAAAUGGCUUUGCGGUAUGAGACGUAUGAGCGGAGUUAUGGGACUUGGAAAAUAUUUUAGUGUGCCCCACAGUUCCAUAGUUUUUCUUAAAAAACGACUGCUCUGAUAUUUUUUUUACAGUUGUAAACAAAAUAAGCUGAUUUUGUGAUACCAAACCUUUCAUUGUGGUCUAAAAUCAAAUGAUUUUAGAUUUUCAUUUUUUGACUUAAUAAUGCUAAUUUAGGCUGUACAAAAAAUGAUCAUGUGACAUUUUCUGACAUCACAAAUUCAUUUUCCAGGAUUCUGCACAGUUGGAAAUUUCUUUUUUUCAAGGUUUUUUUUUCUUUUAGCUUUUGACAGUCAAGAUGUUUUAUAGGCACCUUAAAUAGCAAGGGGGAUUUGACAAGAAAACACUUAAAUUUAGAGUUAGUUCCUGAAGGGGGGUUUCCAGCUUUUGUUCUACAAAUUUAUCGAAAUUCAAACUGCUAUACACUGUAUCUCAGCUCUUAUAUGAGAUAUUGCAAAAUUUUUUUCAGCUUUCAACUCCCUUUUAUCAGAUCUUUCAGAAAAAACCAAAAACAUUGGGAGAUUCAAAAAUUUAAAAUUGACGUAAUUAUGACGUCAGCAAACAUGAAAUCAUAACUGAAUAUUUCAAGACAUGCUAACAACUAAUUUCAUUGGCCUGGCAUUUUGCAUUUCCAGGCCAACUUUUGCGAAAAAACUUAAAAGCCAACAAAGUUAUUGUAAAAUAACACAACCACCCACGCAUUGAUGCAACACUUAGGGGGUUGUUUGGCUCCACCGUGCUUGCUAGAAAACGAAUAACUGCACCUAAAGCUAUUUUUUAACAUUUUGGCACCAUUUUGUUUCAAAGUGCAGGUUGCAUAAUAACUGAAUAAUAUCUUGAGAGUAAAUAUCUUGUUUUUAUUUAAGGGUGACAGAGGAGAAGAUGGCCCACAAGGAGACAAAGGUGACCAAGGAAAUCCUGUAAGUAUAAAAGAAACAUGCUAUGCAGUACGUUGUUCAUCCAGUAUGCCCAGAAUCAUACACCCAUGCAUGAAGUCAAAUUUGGAGUUUAUUAAAUAAAUUUAUCAUUCAUUCAAAAUAUUUUUGCAUUUCUGAUUGGUUAAAAUCCCAUACAUAAAUCAUCGUAACAAGCUAUUGUCGAUACGCAAAAAUGACAUCAAAUGUGCAGCAUUGCCAGAAAACUGAACAGUUAACCGAGAAGACCUGGCGACAAAGUUGAGUUGUUUUGGUAGUGAGUACAAAAUGGCGGAACAUUUCAAUCAUUUCAUGAGGAAGAAAUAGGUGAACUAUUGGCUAAAAACAUAGCAAGACAACUCGAUGGACGACAUCUGCUAUUUGGAGAUUCUUUCCAGAACUGAACUACCCUUUGUCUCUUAAACUUGCUGAUAAACAUGCACUAUCGAAGAUGAACUUAACAUUGAUGGAGGUAAGCAUGUUUUAGCUUGUUUUUAAGGUAGGAAUAAUUGAUUUCGGCUUUCGUCCAUGUGUCAUCUUACGAAUUAUGGAGAUCUCAGAGGGUGUUAUCCGCCUCAGCCGAUAACACCCUCCUCAAUCUCCAUAAUUCUUUAGAUGGUACCCAGCCUUGUCCAAUAAUAAUUCUGUAUGAUUGAACACUGUACCAAAUCAGAGCUAUGUUCUAGCUGUGCCUGCUUACUUUUGCUCUUUGGUGGCUAGGAAAUCUCAGGUUUUGCGUAGAAAUCAUAUGCUGUGCACCAUGGAUUUCACAGGUUGAGAACAUUAAGCUCCCUAGAAUUUUUCUCAGAGCAAUACCUUGGAAAUUAAAUUCUCCGGAGGAAUACUGUUAAAAAUUGCGUUUGCCACUCAAAGAAACCAAUUUUAUUAUUAGCUCUUUUUUAAUAAUGGCUAAAAUUCAAGAAAAAUGUCCUGGAGCCUUAAAUUAAUUCUGAGUGUCAUCACGCCAAUCACGAAUUUAAUCCAGUGAUGGUUAGCUCAAAAGCUAUGCCUCACAAACCAGUACAUGCUUUACCGCAAACCAUUAAUUCUUUCUUUACUUUUUUUAAGGUUUUAUUACUGAUACGCAGAUAGCAUGUAAAAAGAACAAAGUGUUGGUUAAAUUUGUGACUUCCAACCAAGAACAAAUCAAUCUAGUGUUGAGGGUGGGGCUUGAACCUUUGGGCUUCCUGUCCACCUCUCUAACCUCUUGGAAACUCUGUCUUCACAUAAAUCCAUUUACUGAACCAACUGUUAAAAAAGAAGAGACUGUUAUCUGUCUAAUUUAGCUUUAAUUUCUUUCUCAGGGGCCAGGUGGUAUUCAGGGAGUCACAGGAGUCAAAGGUGAUCGAGGGGAAAAGGGAGAAACAGGUCAAACUGGUGUUAAGGGUGAAAAAGGAAGCCCAGGAGAACAGGUAAUGAAAAAAUUGAGAAUCUCCUGUGCCCUUUACAAUGUCUUUUUGCAGGUGACCAGAGGAAUACACAACCCUUACACGUACAGUGCAGGCCAGAAUAAAGCAAACAAUGCAGACAUGACGCAGACGCAUGGACGCCUCAGCUCAGAUGCAUCGACACGUCAGCACUGACGCGUACAUGCGUCAGACGACACGUCAAGCAGGGAAAGAUUUUUCUUUUGUUAUGCAGCAUUACAGCUUUGCUUUGUGUGGCAUUGUUAUGUUAAACAAAAUAAAUUCUCAGGUCUGAGGUAGCCCAAUAAUUCCCUGUUUAAAUAAGCGCAUGAAAGACAUAAAUCGAGAUAAAUUUGGCAACAUGGGUUCUACUUCUUAUGCAUUUAUACGCCAGAAGAGCACCAGCCAUUUUUGGAGACUUGAAAAUAAGAGCCUACAUUUUAAUAAACAGUAACUGUAUCUGUGUCUGAAUUAAUGAAUGAGUGAAUGAAAUACAGCAAAGAACCAGGGCUCCUAGCCUGUCAGUUAGUAGAUUUUCUUGUUGGGCAAGUAACUUUUAAAGCUUACGUGCCUACUGGGCACUAAUCCAGGUGAUUCAUCCUUCAAGAUCAUUAACUAAGAUGGACAAGUGGCCCUGAUCAAGCAUAAUGAGUGAACUGCUCACCCAAAGGACAAGCUGAAAUUUGAGUUUUUUACUUUCCCUGAGAACCCAACCUGAUCACACACAUUUGGACCUUCUAUCACUUGUUACUUCAUUGUGUGCAUUUUGACCUUCCAUCCUGUGAAACUUAAUGCAAAGCACAGUAUUGGAGCAAGACUGUUUUGACCUUCAAUUUAAUCUCUUAUGCACUUCCCAAUUUUUAGUUAUUGAUAGUCGUUAAAUAUUAAGAGUUGAUGUUCAUAUGUGAGCUUAUAUGGGGUACUUGCUAAUCUAUUGCAUUAUGUAUGUGUAAUCCAACGGGAAACAUUUAAGUUUGGUUUUAGCAAGUGAGUCAAGGAGUUGUGGAAGAGGUGUUCAUGUAGCGCACUAUUUAGACUUGUCAUGUCCUUCUGUGUUUAUUUCACAGGGCCCAACUGGUCCGAAAGGAGAUGUAGGCCCACCUGGGAAUGCAGGUCCCAAUGGACAGACCGGGGAGCCAGGGGAUGCCGGUCCUGAAGGGGAUAAGGGAGAGCGUGUAAGUAUGAAGUGAAAUAAAAAUUAUGUCCUUUGAUUUGGAAGAAAAUAAUAAUAAUAAUAAUAAUAAUAAUAAUAAUAAUUGAUGAUUGAACUUGAUAGUGACAGCAGUGGCAGCAAAAGUAUCACUUCUUUAGUACAUUUGUGCGAAGUGGAGAGCAGUCAUUGAGCGCCAUAACCUGGAACACCUGUUACAGCUGACCUCACUUGAUUUUACCAGUGAUCAAAGUGGAAAGCUCAAGAUGACACUGUCAAUUUUUUUGUGAGAUGUACAGCUGAUUCAGAACUUAAUGACAUCCCUGUCAUAUGAUAGCUUCAGAAAGAGAAGGAAGCGCAUUUCAUGAUGUAGUUAUGCAAUACAGAGUUUUUUAUGCUCAUUUGCUCAUUAACCAAUCUAUUGUUUUUGUCAUGUUAUCCUUAAUGUCAUCAUCUUGCUGUUACUGUAAAUUGUAACCUUUUUUUGUAAGCUUUGUGUAACCUACAUUAUUGUAGGUCUACUCCACACUGAUCAAAAUCGAAGUUAAAAGGGACAUCUAGACUUGGCUAGGCUGUCAAGUUAGCAGUCCCUGUCCAUGGCUUGCACAGUGUUGAAAAGAUCUUGAUUUUAGGGGGAGUCCUUGAAAAGUCCUUGAAUUUUCUUCAAUGUUGAAAUUAGUAACCUGAAAAGUGUUUUUUAACGCUUUUUGGUUGUCAAAGACAGAAUAUAAAUCAUAGCUCAGAGGUGUUUUACAUAAAGCGCUUUUUGUUUUAUGCAAUAAUUAACUAUCAAUUUAAGACAAAAUGAAAAAUGUAGAGAAGUUAGUGGAGCAAACAGUUCAAGCCGUAAAGUCCUGUUGGAAAUGGACUGGGAAUGUGUAUGUUAUGUUUGGGAAGUCUGUGAAUUUACAUUCGUGGUAGGUGGCCCUUGAAAAUGAAAAUGUGGACCUUGAAAAGUCCUUGAAAAGUCUUUAAAAAGUGGUUGCAGUUUUUUGUAUGAACCCUGCUUGUCUUUGUCAUCCUCAUCCCGGUUGCCUUUUAGGGCCAAAACGGAACUGGUCUACCUGGACCUGAUGGAGAUAAAGGUGACACAGGACCCGUCGGCUUACCUGGAAAACAGGGAGCUAAGGGUGACAUUGGACCCCAAGGGCCAACUGGUGGGCCAGGAGAACCUGGACCCAAAGGGGCCCAAGGUGAUGCAGGACCUGUAGGACCUCCUGGAGGCUCUGGAUUACAAGGUACAUGUAUGGUUCUUCAGUCAUCUUACAGAGCCUCUUUACAACCCCAAUUUGUGGUUCGGCUUGACUUGGCCUCCAGGUGUGUGUGAGAAUAAGGGUUGGGAGACAAAGGAGAUUGAGAAUUGGCAUAGGUUAAAAAAUUUCAACUUGAAUUUGAUUUUGACCCACAACAACAGAUCAUUUUGAUGUCAUUUCUAUUGUCGAUAAGAGUACAGAUCAUGGAAAAUUGUUGUUUAUUUGUUGAAUCCCCCAACCCCCCAUUUACAAACAAAUGAGGCCAGGAUUUGUUAGGUAACACAACAUAAAUUUGAGGGUUGGACUCGUCAGUGUGUUCAUGUAUUUUCUUAUUGCUGUACUCAGGUGAACCUGGCAUGAAAGGCCCUUCUGGUAAACAAGGACCACCUGGAGUGCAAGGCCCUGCUGGUGAGAAAGGGGCACGUGGCGUCUCCAUUCAAGGCCGUCCUGGUAUGGAUGGAGGCAGGGGUGAUAGAGGAGAAACAGGUGAAAAGGGUGCGCCAGGACCUCCUGGACCUCCAGGUAGGAAUUUAUUCAAUUAGGCAAUUAACAAUAAUAUAUAGAUUUAGCGCGGGCUAAAAGCGAAGCUCUCGAUAAUAUUUAUACCUUAUUAUAGGAAAUAAACGCUCCAUGAAAUUAAGGUAUUGGAAAUUAACACGACUUAAAUUAACGCGAAUUAAUUUAUUAAUGGAAAACGACUUUGUUUUGCACGACUGCAACGUGAAACUUCCAGAAACUUCUUAGUUACACGUUGUACACGUUUUUUUUGUCGUACGUGUUCUCGUUGUUCACUAUUUUUCACUGCUGCUCAUUUUCACCUUGCAUUAGUGGCCACUAGCAUUUCCCAUUUUGUCACCGCAGCUACAAAAUUUUCAUGUUCUUCAAACAAAAAAAUGUCUCCUUUGUUUUUUAUCUCGUGUUCUAGACCUCCAGCUCUGUCGCCCUUUUUCUCGUUGAGCUUCGCUGGCCUGCUGCCUGCUUUCUCUUUUUCUCUGUCUUUCUCCUGCUCUAUAUUCCAAAUUUGUGGACAUGACAAUUAAUCUAAACUAAAUACUUUAGACAACAUGGAUACAGAAACAAUUUCCGCUUUCCGUUUUCGUCUUUAUUGACUCAUCAGUUGUCUCUGCUUUACAAGAUGCCAGUGGCUAUGCGAUUUCCCGCCAAAAUAACCUCGACUUACAUUUGGGUUCCUACACCUGUUGAUUGAGGGUGGAUUUCAAUUAAGAAAUCCAAAUCCGGAUUUUUUGGAUUUCCCUUUUUGUCGUUCGAUUGGGAAAUCCGAAAAAGGACUUGCUAAACUGUUCUCGUGAACAGCGGACUAUCUUGUGCUAAUUAUGCGUACAAUAAUUAGCACAAGAUAGUCCGCUGUUCACGAGAACAGUUUAGCAAAUCCUUUUUCGGAUUUCCCAAUCGAACGACAAAAAGGAAAAUCCAAAAAAUCCGGAUUUGGAUUUCUUAAUUAAAAUCCACCCCUAGGACGGAUUUCUCGGAGGUGAAAUCCGUUUUCGGAUUUCGCGUUCGAUUGGGAAAUCCGGAUUUAGAUUUUGAAAAUCUAAAUCCAAAUUUCCCAAUCGAACGCACCCUGAGUUAUUUUACAUUGGUAUGCCUGUGGUGCGGAGGGACGGUCAGGCGGGCGGUCGGUCGGUGGUUGUACAGUCACGUGAUUACCAAAUUUUCUCGGAUGGGUAGAUUACUUCAUUUUCUUACCCAUGGUGCUCCGCUGGCGCGCUUCGUGCACGAGAGUCCCGCUAUUUUUGGACGAAAUUGAUCAAAAUAUAAUGAUUUGUCAGGGGCAAGCGGAUCAAUUAUUCAGCUGAGGCAAAUAACUGAUCUGUGAGACGCUUACAAAUCAUGAUAUUUUGUGAUAACUGAGUUCAAUAAUUGUUUUAUCAUUUGGUAACGGAGUUUAUUUUUUAAUGAAUAUCUUCGGGAAGUGGUAAGCAAGCACUGCCUUAUAGGAGUAAUGACAGAGAUACAAUGGUUUCCUUCUCAAUUCAAUUAUUUAUUCUUUUGACUUUAAAUUGUAAAUAUAGUUGACCAUUACAAACCAAAGGUAUUCGUCAAUUAAACUCAGUGAAGAAUUUUAGAACAAGUUUACAGUUUUUAAGGACUUGAAAUCUAUAAAAAAAUGGGUAAUGUAUUCACAAGAAAGAGAAAAGUGUGGUUUCAUUUACACAUGAGCAGAAUAUUAUUUGCAGCCAAACCAGUUGGAUGAUGUUGGGCAUGAGCAGACCAUUAUUUGUAGGCAGUUAAUUGAAAGUCACAAGGUGGGCUCUUGGCCGUUAAAAGGGGAGAAAAAAAUGCAUUGAGUGAUAAUUAACAAUUAUUGGACGAGGCUGAGUAUCAUAUGAAGCAUUAUGGAGAUCAAAGAGGGUGUCAUCGGCCGAGGUGGAUAACACCCUCCCAGAUCUCCACAAUCCUUCACAUGAUACGAAAGUCGAAUUCAAUAAUUGUUUUAUUUUUCUUUCAAAAAUGAUUCCUAGUUUGUAAACAAGGUAAAGCACGCUUACCUCCAUCGAUGUUACAAAACUGUAAGUUCGUCUUCAGUGGUGCAUGUUUAUCGGCGAGUGUAGGAGAUAAAGGGUUGUUCAGUCUGCAAAUAUUCUCCAGUCCGUUGAGUUGUCUUCUUGCUGUUCUUGCUAUGUUGUCACCAGUAGUUCGCCUAUUUCUUCCUUGUGAAACGAGUGAAAUGUUCGCCAUUUUGUACUCACUACCAAAACUCUACCUCAUCCCCAGUUCUUCUUGGUUAAUUGUUCAGUUUUCUAACAAUUUUGCUGCACAAUCAAUGUCAUUUUUCACAUAUUACAAAAUUCUUCCAAAUUUGGUCGACAGUGGCUAGGAAUAAUGAAUUAUGCAUGUGAUUUUAGCCAAUCAGAAAUGGAGAAAUAUUUUGAAUGAAUACAGUUGACUCCCAAUAACUCGAACCCUCGCUGACUCGAACCUCGCGCUAUUUGUCUCUUCACCUCACUUCACAGACCAUUAUUUUACAGCUUAGGUCACAGGAUAUGUUUGUUUGUCAGAAGUGCUUUUCAGCUCAGUUUUUUACGGUAAAAACCUUGCUUUUCCCUGAAAUCUGCACCUUUGAAUUCAUGUUACACUGAGGCAUACCCACAAUGAUUUAGUUCUUUCGCCGCAGAUCGAUGUCACCGGUGGGUCAAAGACUGGUUUCAGCUCCAUACAUCAAUAGGCCCAUUGAACCUGAGAGUGAAUUAAGACCGAAAUAAUGCAAAAUUGCUUGAUUAUUGAAAUACGCAUUUAAGCUAAUUUUCCCUCAAAUGUAUCUUUGGAUUCAUGAUAAAUACAGCUCCACCAGUGUCUAUGGCAGAGAAAAAUGCUGUAAAUAUAACAAUAUAACACAUUCUUCCCUAAUUACUGAGUGGCAGCCUGGUGCAGUGGUCUAGGAGUUGCCCUCGUGUGCAGAUGUGCAAGUUUGACUCCCGGAGAAGCUGUUUUCUUUUUCUUUGUUGUACAAUUUAUUUUUUUCUGGUUAGCUUUUUUUGUUUUCUAAUGUUUUUUUCCCUUUGUCUCAUUUCCCUUUACCCUUUACAGCGUUGCAAGGUUUUUCCGAUAACAUAUUUCUAGUAACAUGCAAGUCAAUGUAGAUCAUCUGUGGCAUUUUCAGGUAAAAGUGAUAGUGGGCCUCCUGGCCCCCCUGGACCAAAGGGAAGCGAUGGUCAACCGGGAGAUGAUGGACCUCAAGGACCUAGAGGUGAAAAAGGAGAUACCUGUGAUGCUUGUCCAGUACCAGAAGCAGGUCCAAAGGGAGAUAUUGGUGACAUUGGUGAGGCAGGCCAGGAUGGAGAUCCGGGACAACAAGGUGCACAAGGUCCCCCAGGGGACCCUGGAGCAAAAGGAAGUGAUGGACCAAGUGGACGACCUGGAGAUCCAGUAAGGACAGUUAAACUCAGGGUUCUCAUUAAGUUUUAAAGUAAACAGCUAGGAUGCAAUAGUAGGUGGCUUGGCAGUUGAGUGCUGAAGGCAAGUUUUAGCCUUUCACUUUCUCGACUAACCCAUUUUCCCCAAAGAAGAUGGCUCAAAGUUAGAAGCAGCCAGUUUUUAAGCCCAUUCCUGACACUUACAAAAACGGAGCUGCAUCUGCCUGACACUUACAAAAACCGGGCUGCUUCUACUCAGUUCACAUUAUCGGCCCAGUCCUUCAUUUCAUUUCAUUUCAUUUCAAAAACUUAUAAGGUGCAAAUAUCUAUAUAAAUAUAUUCAAAUGCGCCAUAUGAAAAAACAAAACAAAAACAAACAAACAAACAAAAAAAAAGAAAAACAAUAAUACUACUAAUAAUAAAAAUUAUGAAUAAUUAUAAUAAUAAAAAUGAUAAAAUAAGAUGAUAAUAUAGAUAUAGAAUAGAAAAACUAAUGGCUAAAGGUUAAAAAGAUAAUAUCUGUUAGCAAAAUCUUAAAAAUUAUAAGCUGAAAGUUAUUUAUAAUCUAGUAAGCUAAAAAUACAAUCUUAUAAUCUAAGUGGUACAAAAUGCUUUUUUAAAAAGGUGAGUCUUCAACUUUCUCUUAAAAGUGUCAACUGAAAUGGAUUCCCUAAUAAAUCUUGUCACAGCAUUCCAUAACUUAGGUGCAGCAAACAAGAAAGGCCCGUUCACCGAGAGUUGCCUUGGGCUUAACAUUCGGAUAACUAAGUAGGGCACUGUCGCUAGAACUUCUUAAAUUUUAUUUAGAUACAGGCUUAGGAGUAAUUAAAAAAUUUAAGUGCGAAGGUGCUAAGCCCUUAAAAAUCUUAAAAACAAUCAACAGGAUUUUAAAUUCAAUUCUGAACUAUACAGGCAGCCAAUGUAAAUCUACUAUCCAUCAAUAUCCUUCAUUGGAAUUUGUUCGUGUUGGGGGUGAAACUAUUCAACCAUCCUCUUCUGUUUGUAAUCUUGGAGUGAUACUCGAUCCCAGUGCUGAUAUGGAAGACUACAUUAAAAAGAUAUGCAAGACAUGUCAUUUCCAUUUACCUAAUAUUAGUAAGAUAAGAACAUAUUUGGAUCGUGAAUCUAAUGAAGCAAUUAUUCAUGCUUUUGUGACUACCAACUUGGAUUACUGUAAUGCGAUUCUGUAUGGACUACCUAAAGUUCUGUUAAACCGCCUACAGCUAGUUCAGAAUAGAGCAGCGCGCAUCGUAACAUUUACCAAGAAGUAUGAACAUAUAACACCCAGCGUAAUGGACUUACAUUGGUUUCCUGUUGAAUACCGUAUUAUUUAUAAGAUCUUAUUGUUAGUAUAUAAGGCUAUCAGUGGAGUUUCACCAAGUUAUAUAUCCGGUUUGCUCAGUUUUUGUAGCAGCUCCUACUCUUUGCAUUCUUGCUCGAAUAAGUUACUUCAAGUCCCGAGAUCUAAGCUAAAGUCUUAUGGUGAUCGAAGAUUUUCUACUGCAGGACCUAAAUUAUGGAACAGCAUACCCGCAUCUUUAAGGAAUGCCGAUUCCUUGAAUUCUCUCAAAAAACACUUUAAGACAUAUUUAUUUCACCAAGCUUUUCUUAAUUUAGAAAUAGGUUUUUAUUUAUUUUUCAUACUUAUAUAAUGUAGUUGUUAGAUUUUUUAGACUUUUAAUACAUUUUUGUAAAGCGCCUAGAACAGUUAAUUAUAUAGAUGCUAUAUAAAUAAAGUUUAUUAUUAUUUAUUAUUUAUUACUUAAUGAGAGCCCUGUAAACUCUUGAUCAAUAAAAAAUACCAUGAAAUUUUUCUCUGUAGUGUGAGUCGACGUACAGGUUGUUAGAAAUGAAGAAAAAAGAUCAAAGACUAAUGACAAAUUUAUCUUGAUCGUGUGCUUAAUGUUCACACCCAGAAGCAAAACAAAUUUUUUGUAUGAGUUCAUCAGAGUGGUACUUUGGUGAGCAGAGUUCCCGAUUUUGACAGCUCUUUAAGAGGACUGUUAAGCUAACUUUGCUCUACAUAUCGAAGUUUGUGGCAUGCCUCAGAUCUUAAUUUAAACGUAGAUGACAGAUACUUUAGACAUUAAAAAAAAGGAUUUAAAUUAGUGUGUAAUUAGCUGUAACCUGAGUAUUGCUUGCACACAGUAUAGGAGCGUAUGGCUUAAACAAUCUUGUGUUUAAGAAAAUUGAAUGCCCGGGACAUAAUUUCUGUAUUAUUGCUUUUUUCUUCCCCCAAAAAUAAUUGCUCAAAGAAUGUUUUUGGAUAGGCUAACCAGUUCUUGUGUUAUCUAUAGGGUGCUAAGGGUGACAGUGGAGAUGCUGGAUCAGAAGGACCAAAAGGUGAAAAAGGAGAGCUCAUUAGAGUAGUAGGUGACAAAGGACAAAAAGGUCAACCGGGUGGUGAUGGUAUGCGAGGUGAUACUGGUGAACCUGGAGCUGCUGGUGCCGAUGGUGAUCCAGGACCAGCUGGACCAGCUGGACCACCUGGCAAAAAGGUUAUCUUUCUGCAGAUCACAUAUUCAGUUAUGAGUUCUUGAUUAGACUGAAUUACACUCAGACAAGUUUAAUUGAAUUUGUUUCUGUAUCGGCCCUCUAAGCGCAAAGAGUGAUCAGAUGCAAAAGGUCUAGAUAUGUGCAACAAAAUCAAUAGCUGAAUAAACAAGACAAUUUUCUUUAAUCUACCAGACAUAAUUAUUUUGACGGUACAUCUGUCAUCUUCAGUGUUGCAUCUUAUGAAAUCGCCCUUGAAUUAACACAAAAACGUGGAAUAUUUCUUGUGAUGAGUAUCUCAAAUCAGGGGUGCCCAACGAUGGUUUCCUCCUCAAUUCAUCGACAACCCUUUUUAGGCUAUCUAGAGUACUUUUAGAUAUAUAGAAAUGCAUUCUAAGCGGCACUAUAGAAUUUGUAUCUGUUCGGUCAUCCGAGGGGAACCUGAGUCCUUUCGAAAUUACAAGGUCUUCAGUAUUAUAUUCGCGAAAAUUUUAGAUGCAAUUUAACUUAUUACGAAGUAAAGAAUUUUUCUGAUUCCUCUUUCUAUCAAUUUUUUUAAUCCGAAAAUUUUAGGUUUUCUUAUUUCUAAGAAAAAUAACCUAACCUGAGGAGUGAAAUGUGAAAAAGUUAAACUUAAGAAAAUCGUAGAGAAUUUAUUAGAUGAGUUUCGAAAAUUUUACAGGAAUGCUAAGGUCAUAUAGAACUUUUUAGCCGUCCUCAAGUAAUAGAAAAUUCUAGGCAGUAUUUCCGUCUCCGAACAGAUAUUUUAAAGAAAACAGUCGUUGGGUGCCCCCUGUCAAAUGGGCUUGUUUUAGCCAUUACAAUGAUUAUCGUUUGUGGUUAAUACUUCUCGGGUGACGAGACUUCAAGUACAUGUUUGCAGUCCCUUUAUAAGGUGUCUCCUCUCCACUUCCUCUUUUGCCCCAACUCGUGCUCCAGAGAAAGGAACGAGAGACCCUGGUGACAAGUUUGAAUUGUUAUGUUGAACAGAAAAAGGUGCAGCUCAUGGCCUUUGUUUGAAUUUUGUUCACAGGGUGAACGGGGAAAUAACGGAACUGAUGGCGUUCUUGGAGCCAAGGGAGAAAAAGGAGAAAGAGGAAUGAAGGGUCCACCUGGAGAGUUUUUACCCUCACCAGACCCACUGAAAGGAGAAAAAGGAGACAGUGGUCUGCAGGGAGAGAGGGGAAAUGAAGGCCCUAAGGGUUCAAAAGGUAUGUUAAUUUUGUGACACAGAGAAAAACAAAUGGAACCACUGAAGUGCUGUUGAGAAAGUUUCAAUUAUAUGCCCUGGUAAUCCCAUAGGAUUUCAUCCAGAUUCCUUUAUUGUGGUAUUUAUUCACCCCCUUGAUCACUUUCAUAACAUCCGCGAUUUUGUCUGUUUUCGUAACCAAUUAUCAAAGCUACAGAAAAUAUUAAGUGCUCACUUGCCCGAAAAAUGUCCCUGCAAUGCAGCUAUUUUAAAAGAGAAUUUGAUAUUUUCGGCGAAUUUAAGCUCCUACAGUAUCAUUUGCGGUUUGACUUACUGGCCUUCCUUCAAUUAACUCUUCCAAAGGUGAACCAUGGUCAUUUGAAGGUCAAGUGAAAGGAAUAAAGGGAGAUAACGGAACUGCUGGACCUCAAGGACCAAAGGGUGAUGCAGGAGAGCCUGGUGUUAAGGGAGAGGUAGGCAACAAUGGAACUGACGGGGAGAAAGGACAGAAAGGUGAGCCUGGUAAGACCUCGCCAGGCCCAAAGGGAGAAAUUGGAAAGCAAGGUUUACAAGGACCGGAUGGACCUAAGGGUAAGUUAACUCUUACCAUAAAUUUUCACCCCCCACCCCACCCCCGGGAGAAAUUGGAAAGCAAGGUUCAAAACGAAAGGAUGGACCUAAAGGUAAGUUAACUCUUACCAUAAAUUUUCACCCCCCACCCCACCCAAGGGAGAAGUUGGAGAGCAAGGUUCAAAAGGACAGGAUGGACCUCAAGGUAAGUUAACUCUUACCAUAAAUUUUCACCCCCCACCCCACCCCCGGGAGAAGUUGGAGAGCAAGGUUCAAAAGGACAGGAUGGACCCCAAGGUAAGUUAACUCUUACCAUAAAUUUUCACCCCCCACCCCCCCCCCUUGUUGUCACUCCCCAAGGUAAGUUAACUCUUACCAUAAAUUUUCACCCCCCACCCCACCCCCUUGUUGUCACUGUUGGAAGAGUGCCAGCGUAUUGAGGACGAGGUGUCUGAGUUCAACCCCUACUGUGUACCCCGACAAGGAUGUUUGUUAAGAUCACGCUGGCCGUGAUGAAGACCUUUAGUUCAUUCUGUUGAGAUGAUUAGGCAGAGACUUAACCCUUUAAGUCCCAAUAGUGACCAACAGCAAUUUUCUCCUAACAAUGUCCAUACCUCGUCAAGAGAUUAGGUUAUGAGAAUAUAUAGAAUGAUCACGAAAGAGAAAAUGCCUUGAUGUUUUAUUAAAUUCUCUCAACUAAUUCUUAAAGGAAAUGUAUGGAGAUCAGUUUGGAGAAUUUGUAUGUGGAUAUUGGAGCUUAAAGGGUUAAAGCUGUUCUCUCUCUUUAUAUGCUCCCACUUUUUAUAAUCAGUGGGGCAGGUGUCUCAUGGAGAAUCUCUAGGGUGAACACUGGAUAACAGAGCGAUUUUCGUACGACCUUGAAAAAUGGUUUUGGUAAGUGUUCGUUAUUUGUUUUAUCAGCCAAUGGAUGAAACGAUCAAAACACGGACUCUUUGUUUUCCCGCCAAAGAAAACCCUAAUAUGGAGAAGGCAUUGUUCGAUUGGCCAAUCGUGUUGCAGUAUGACGUCAAAGCGAAGUAUCGAUUGAUUUCUAGAAAGUUCUCGGGCGUCUUUGGCGUGAAGUUUUUUCACCCGAGCAUUCGCUUAACUAACCAAAAGCCACGCGCGUUUGUAUCCGUUCGAUAAACCAAUGAAAUCGUUCUAUUUCUGUUCGUUUGUUGUUUCUGUUUUGUUCGCGCGUUUUCAUUUCAAGGUCAUACGAAAAUUUAUCUAGUAAGAUAAAUAUCCAGAGCACAUUUGUUAACUGAGAAUCCAGGCCUUCUCCACUUGUUGAUCAUGUAUCUGUUGGCCACUUUAACCCUAGUCCCAAGAGUGACCAACAUCUAUUUUCCCCUAACAGUAUCAAUACAUGAUUCAUAGAAAAUGUUAUGGCAAUUAAUCAAGUUAUCACCCAAGGGAAAAUGCUUUGAUCUUUUAUCAAAUUCUCUCAACUAAUUUUUUAAGGAAAUGUAAAGAGGGAUAAAACAAUCACCUUUUUUUACCCAUGUUUCUUACAACAGGUGACAACGGAACCAUUGGUGAACGAGGACCUCCAGGUCCCCCUGGACCUCCUGGUGUAAAUGGUACAAAAGGUGCUAAAGGAAACAAUGGCACGGAAGGCAACUCUGGGACACCUGGAACUCCAGGAAGCAAUGGACAACAAGGUGACAAAGGGGACAGAGGAGCAAAAGGAAUGGAUGGGUUACCUGGAGAGCCAGGAAGCAAAGGCGGAAUAGGUCCUAUUGGAUUAACAGGUAUGUGCAGUGUGGAGCUGAUAAAACCGUGCUCUAGGCCUUUGUACGUUAUGCCAGCAUUGUCUUAAGCACUUUUGUGAGGCAACAGCAUUCAGCAUUAUUCGAGCAUUUUAGUGGCAUUUUCCCGGAAAGUCAGGUUUGUUUUCUCACAGAAAAUAAGAAUUGAAACAUUUUUGAAGAGAUUUGACGUCUUUAAAAAUGUUUUAAAAAGUAUAUUCAAAAUUCACCUUAAUACAGCUACGCAGAUGAUCUUUUGCUAUAUUGAAAGUAUUUAUUUGUACACAUUGUUGUCAUACCACUUCUACAUUUUUUAUAGCCUUAAACCCCCUUAAAAUGUUUAGAAUUAAUAAAAAAAAGGCCUCUCUAUGGUGAGCAUUAUUGAGUAUAUUAGUGACUUUUUUGGGGACUAGCGAGCGUUUUAGUGGGAAAAAUGGAGCAUUAAGGUGGAACAUUUUAGUGGGGAAACAAAAGAAUAAUGAACAAAGGCCUACCGUGCUCUAAGAAAAAAAGGCAGGGAGGAGGGGAAUAGGCACCCGACACUGCUAGAGUGUAGAGUGUUAGGCUCAAUUUCCGCCGUCUGCCGGGUCCGGUCGGUGAGUUCGUGCUUAUUUUCCCGAACAGGGCCUGGCAAUGGAGCUGAUCAGAGUUCCGUAUAAACCGGUGCCACAGGGCUCAAAAUAAUUUUUGGAUAGUGGCUGGGCGUGUUGACAGGCCAAACAAGUUUCGGCUCGGUCAUUUCUCGUUUCUGAUCGGUCAAUGCUAAGCCUUAGAACGAGUUGCAGACAGCGUGUCAUAAAGUAUUAUCCAAAUUUAUAACUGCAAGCAGCAAAAAUAUUUUAUGAUUAAAGUGUUUUUGUAAUUUACAGAAUUAAUGAAUUCCAGUUGUUUACUGAUUGAAAGCAAUGCACUUGACGAGUCAAAAUGACCGGCAAUCUGAAAGUUUGUCCACACAAAUGGUCAUCUUGGCUGGACGUCAUCAGUUGACCGGCCGUUAUUUUUGAGCGCUGGGCUAGUUUACCAAAACCAAAUGAACGCUAAUUCGUUGUGCAAAUUUUAACCUUACAACAGAUGAAACUAUAACUAGUUAUAACAGAUGAAUGAAUGGACUGUGGUUUUGCUUCGGUGGGGAAGUGGAAGGCAAAGAUUUAGGUACACUGGUCACCGGAGGGAGAUAGAAAAGCUGAUGUUUCAAGUGCGAAACCAAAUCUUUGUAAUAAACUGGUUAUAAGAUGUGCAAGACCGUCAAUUUGGUUGACGUAACCGUGGGUGCUUGCCAUUUUCACAAACCACCCGGGUGGAGAUCUUGUGCACGCAUAAACAUAAAACUAUAAAAUUUGACGUGCUGGUAGGAGAACGACCCGCUCCAAAUAAUCCAAAUAAGCUGAACAGGCUAAGAAGAGUAGGAAAAUUGUAGUAAGCGAAGAAGAAGAAUCUGAAGUUAAUGUUCAAAGUUGUUGCAACAGUUUGUCACAACUUUUAAUCGACAGGUGACAAGGGCGAUACAGGUCCGCAGGGACAAAAAGGAGAGGCUGGAAUGAAAGGAGAAUCAAUAACAGGCGCCAAAGGAGAACGAGGACCUCCAGGACCCCCUGGUAAGAUAACCGGUCACAACUAAUCAGGGGCUGUGUCACGACUGUCUUACUCAUUUUGUCACCCUACGUCACGCUGUUUGCUUUUUUUCUUAACAGGCUAAAACGUUUUUCGUAUAAAUUGAAUUCCAAAAAUAAAGGUCCAGUUUUGUUAGUUAACCCUUUAAGUCCCGAUAUCCAAAAACAAAUUCUCCCAGCUGAUCUCUAUAUAUUUCCUUAAAGAAUGUGUUCAGAGAAUUUGAUGAAAGAUCAAAGCAUUUUCUUUUUGGUAAUCAUUUUACUAAUUCUCAUAACCUAAUCUCCUGACAAUGUAUUGGUAUCAUUAGGAGAAAAUUCAUCUCGGUCACCAUUGGGACUUGGGACUUACACGCAACGGAUGCCAAGAAUGGACAUGGAUUGAAACUGCAAAAAUCGACCAGAAAAUUAUGGGGGUAGUCUCCCCGAUGCAAUUUGCGUUAUAUCUUCUUCAUAACUCUAAAGAAGUACUUUUGCAUUCAUCUAGACAAAGACACUAAGUAAUGAUUCCAGCACAGAAUUGACAUAAAACGGCAAUAUCGUCGUGACAAAGCGCCUUUAAGACAUUGCUUGUAAAUCAGUGACAAAAUAACGGCUUCUUGGCCAACAAAUACACCCCAAGCAUUAUAUCAAACGUUACAAGCAACAGGAGGCAGUGUGGCCAAGUGGUCAGUGUGUCGGAUUCGCCGUCCGGCGGUCCCGGGUUCGAGUACCUCUGUGGCCACUUGCUGGAUUUGUUCUAGGUCGUCCCCAGUUGAACUCGGCCACGCUUGUAAAUAGCCAACUAGUUGUUUGCUGUCUGUGGGGGUUUUAAUCCAGUUAUGUUGUAUUUGAAUUAUUUGUUUUUAAGUAUUUGAGUGGAGUUCUUGUGAAGUAGCUGGAUAAGUACAGUUUCCACUAUAAACAUGCCCUUUUUAAUCAAAACUGAACUUCGAAAAACUCUUAGGCUAAGACGUUUUCAAAAACCCAUAAUUGCAAUCCGUUGACAUCUUCUUAAAGUUUGUCCAUCCUUGCCUUCUUUUGUGAAAGGUUUGGACCCAGGAGUCAUUUCAAAAAGUAGGUUGAGUUUGAUCGUCCGGGUGAACGUAGUCGUGAAUAGGACUGUUGUUGUUGACAACGUUUUGACAACCUGUGCGGUAGUCAUCUUCAGAGUCAAAGUGAGUUGUAUCACGUCAGCUGAUGGUAUUAUACUCUGGUUAUUGAUCUGAUUGGUCAAUUACGUCGCGAUGGUAUUGGUCGUCUGUCAGUUAAGCCGUGAUGUUAUUGGCUAUGAAGACUCGUAAUCAGUAAUUGGUGCGUUUCGAUCCCUCUAUUGUCACAGUUAAACAGUCGUCUAUUUUUAGUCAAAUUGUCAUUCUCUCGUAGUCAGUUUUGCUUGAUCUACUUGCCUUCUUUUAUUCAAAUGUUUGGAGCGGUUAUUUCAAUGUUUCGCUCAAUUUGAUGACAGUCCAUACUGUGAGAAUUUUGAUAAAUGCCGUGAGAACUCCUCUAGGGUAUCAAUCAGGUGUCAGAAGCACUUACGCGCAGAUCGCUGCAGUAGCGCUUUGGCUUGAAAAAGAAAACCUUUAGAGAGAUUCAGGGUCGCGUUUACGGCAAACGGCAAACGUGAAUUUGUACCGCGUGACCAAGUUUCACCUUAACUUGUCGUCUGAUGUUCCUUACUUUUCUAAAAAAAAUGAUUCAUGAUUUUCACGCCAGUUUCAUCCAUAAGAAUUGUUAUGAGCUGUUUUUAUGUGCUUAUGUUCUGUGAGAAGUUCUCAACCGGCAUCUGACGUUUGCCAUUUGUCGGAAACGUUACUCUUAAUCUCUCUAAUAUCGUGACAUGUCCGUCGAAGAAAACGUGUCCCAGAUUUUGGACGAGUGCAUUCGUUCUUAGUUUAUAAACACAUGAAGUUAGGAGCAACAAGUCAUUAGCAUUGGCCAGACUGUGUAAUGCAACCACUUGAAUUAUCAACUUGUAAUGCUUAAAACUGACGAGGAUAUCAACUGCUUUAACCCUGUCACCACCAUAGUGAAUGAUGUAGUCUUGUAAGGUUGUUUUAUAAGCUUUCGAGUCCGUGGAGGAAACACUUGACACUAUUCUUGCGUGAACUCCGCCCCAUUCAGAAGUUAUCAAAAUCCAGGACAUUUUCAUGUGAAUUUCUAAAUUGUAACUUUGUUACUGGGAAGAUGGGAUCUUUGGCAAGUACCCCAGCAGUUUUGUUUGAGGCUGGUCUGCCUUUAACCCUUCCCUUUUUAUGAUUUGUUUAUCAGGUGAACAGGGGAAAAAGGGAGAAGUCGGAACCAAAGGAAGUCAAGGACCAAAGGGAAGUAGUGGAGAUGAAGGUACCGCUGGGGAUAAAGGUGACACGGGUGAGGCCGGUGCUGAAGGAUCCCCGGGUUCAGAAGGAAUAAAAGGCGAUAAGGGCGCACCAGGUGACAUCGGAGAAAAGGGACUUCCAGGAAUCCCUGGUGGUCGCGGAGAUGAUGGUAACCAAGGCCCUCCGGGUCCCGCCGGGCCCGAUGGUCCCAAGGGAGAGACAGGUUUGUUUUUCUACAAUAAUAGAGAGUAAAAGCGGCGACGUUUUUGAUGGACGCGCGUCAACCGGAAGUGGACUUUUUGCACACUUGAGCCGUGAUUUUGAACAAAAUUUUGGGCAGAUCGUCUCUCUAAGAGUAAAGACGCUUAGCCAUACAAAUUUGGUGGCGUCAGGGCAUAUUAAAAGAGAAGAAAAUCUCACUUCCGGUUUACGUGUGUCGCUCAAAAACGUCAUUGCUUAAGCUCCCUAAUAUGGAACUCUUUUAGGACGUACAGGCCUAAAAUAUUGGUAAGUGGAGCUUAUUGAAAACUGUUGUUAUUCUAUCGCCUUUGGACCCGGCGACACCUGCUUCACUUCUUUUAGCGAACGAAAUGAGUGCAGUGAGAAAGCAAGAUAGGUAGAUAAAUGGAUUUUAACACAAAGAGGCCUAUUUAGUAAUUUUCCCGCUGCUGAGGUCGUCCCUAUACGUAGGGGUAACGUAGGGUUACCCCUACAAAAGGAUUCUUGUAAGCAAAGCAGAAAAGCAUUCAUAGAAAAAUUCAGUCGUAUGUGAAAUAAUCUGCGAAUACAGCCAUCUUGCACCUCUCCUUAUUGCGGGGGACGUCACCAGCGACGGUGUGCUGACGAUGUCGAUGAGCCGGGAGUGAGGCGACUGUGAGCUGAGGGAGAACCGAGGGUGUGCGAUGAGAGGCGGCCGUAUUCCAAGGCUACAUGUCAACAAGCAAAAAAUAUAUCCCGCAUUGUGAGUGGCUAACCUACGUUAUCUUUCACUUAAAGAUUGCGAGUAGAGCCAGUUCUGAUGUAUAGCAAAAAUCACCAUUUUAUCCAAACAAUAAGAAGUAUUGACAAAAGUGUAUCUAUAAAAAACCACUGUGCCAUUCAGAAUAUACUCAGUAAUGGUUUUCGUUUCCCUAUUGCCUUAAAGGUACAAAAGGUGAUACUGGCCUCAAAGGACGAAUAGGUUUCCCAGGGGUUAAAGGAGACAAAGGUCUGAAAGGAGAGGUUGGUGCCCCUGGAUUAUCCAAUGCCACAGUCAUACCAGGACCGAAAGGUGACAAAGGAGAACCUGGCGAACCUGGGCCGCCUGGAGUAAAUGGUAUGUGCUAUAUUCAGUGACUGUGGUAAGCUAGACAGCAUACAAUAGCUGGCAGACUUUGCUACUGUCGCUUAACAAUCAGCUCUCCAAAGUCCUGUGGGGCACCCCAAAGUGCGUAUGAGUGGAAGGACUGCUCGCCAGGAUUUGAGUUCAACCAUUUUAAAACCUUUAUCUUUUGUAAAGCCGUUAGAGUAGGGUGAAAAACAUACAUUAAAUCUUUUUUCUUCAUGGUGAUGGAUUGGUAAUGAAUGAAUGAUUAAUAACCAGAUGAUAAAUAUAACAGAAGCACUGUCCGCAGCUAGCAAGGCUAUUUGAGGCGGGUCAGUGCGUGCAAAAUAAUAAAUUAUGAUUGAUUAAGGCUAACUAAGGAAAGUUUACAGUUUACAAAGCAAGGAAAUAAAAAUCGUAACAUGGUUGAGGACUAGACAACACGAUGGAGAAGAAAAAAUCAAUCAAAUAACAAAUUAUAAAAGUAGAAACGAGUAAGCAAGAAUUUGCUUUUGGACAUUAUUGGCUAAUUUUAAUGUAAGAAAUUUAUAAAAAAUUUAAUAAAAUUGGGCGUAUCAAUAUAGUCAUCUUCUGAAUUCAAAAUAUCAAAAAUUAAUUUACGGAGUGUUUGUCGAAUGUGAUAGGCUAUCUCAUUCCACUGCUUAGCCCCGAAGCAAGAGAAAGACAGUUGAUAUAAUUCUAUAUCGGAACUGUUAACAUAAAGAUUUCCUGAAGCCGAUGCUCUUGUAUUGUAAGAGUGGCAACUACUUGUUUUUUGAAAUAGAUUUAGAAUGUUAGUAAGUACAUUAUUGUUAUGGACAUCAUGCAUAAUAUUGAAUAAUUAUAGUCUGAUAACAUAGAAAGUUCAAGGGUAAAACGUUGGCGUGAAUGAAGAGAGGUAUUACGUGAUCGCGUCUCUCUAAGAAGGAAAAUCUGGGUUGGGGGGGGAACUCCGCAUAUGAAAGGGGUGGGGAUGCUCGUCGUCUCGCUUAUGGGUGUGAAUUUCGGAUUUUGGUCUCGCUUAGGGUGUUCUGGGCAAAACACCAUUAUAUUUAGCCGUAAAAGUCUCUUUUAGGGUUGCACUCGAAGAAAUAUUAAAAAAUUACAUAUUUUCAAUUCGUUUUGUUUACUCGAUUCAUGUGAUCAAAGUUUAAAAUGAUCGCUUUUAGGGGUCAAAAAAAGGUUGGGCCACGCCCAGAUUGGUCUCCUUUAGGAGUUUAAUUCAAAAUUUUCGACGAGCAUUCCCACCCCUUUCGUAUGCGGAGUCCCCCCGAGGAGAAUAAACUUGAAAGUCUGUGUUUAGUUCGAACUAUGAUUAUCCUAGAACAGUUAAGAUUUCCUGUUAACGUGUGCAUUGUAUUGGAAUGGGUGUUUUGAAAGAUAUUGAACUACCAAAACGUGUUUCCUGAAUUGAAGAGGGAGCUUAAGCAACCACGACGACGACCACAACGAUCUAAUGAUUUAAUGAUCAAAACAACAGCUCUGCACGUGCAUCACUCUUUUUAGUACAUUUCUUUGACGUCCACUGUACGACUACGACGUCAAACCUCCUACUUUGACGAUUUAUGGAGGACGUGGACAUACUACGACGAAUUUCCCUUCAUUUUUUUGAGCCUGAAUAAAAUCCCUAAGAAUUCAACUCCAGGAAACGUGGCCUGCAUUUGACAUAUUGAGCGGGUCCAAAUAGACGCGAUUAAGUUUGAAAGAACGCAAAUUCAUUUUUUAACCGUCGUUUUCACUGCCGUCGUCGCCGUCCUUGCUUAAUAGGGACUUUAAGAUCCAACGACGCGGACGACAACGAGAACGUCAAAAAAACAAUUGGUCUAAUUAGCAAAACAACAAAUUCGCACGUGCAUCACACUUUUUUUGUACAUUUCUUUCCCGUUUUUGCACGACUGCGACGUGAAAAUGCCUAAUUUAGCGUUUUAUGGAGGACGUAAACAAGCAACGACGAAAUUUUAUUUCUCUUUCUGAGCUUGAAUUUGGUCCCUUGAAAUUCAGCUUCAGGAGGGUUCGCCUACAGUUGACAAAGUAAGUGGAUAGGAAUAAUCGCUAUAAAGACUGAAAGAACGCAAAUUCACUUUUUAAGCGACGUUCUUGUCGCCGUCGCGUCGUUGGAUCUUAAAGUCCCUAAUAUGAGCUUCAGAUGACAGUAAAACGAUCCCAACUGGUGAGACUUAUUUUGUGUCAAACAGGUGAUCCAGGCUUAAAAGGAGAGGCAGGAGAAUUAGGACCCCGAGGCGAACAAGGCCAAAGGGGUGAACCUGGAGAUGCAGGCACAAACGGUCCGCCUGGCCCCGCCGGGGAAGCAGGUGUAAAAGGACAACCAGGACCAGAGGGACCAGCGGGUGAAAAUGGAGAGAAAGGUGCAAAGGGCCAGCCUGGAACUCCUGGUGAUCAAGGGCUUCGAGGAGAAGAUGGAGAGAAGGGUGCUCAAGGUGAUUGUGCAGAUCCGGGGGGAGGGGGGUACUCGAUACAGUUUUAUAUGGAGGCUCCGCCCCAAGGUCCAACCCCUUACUCUUAUAUAUCAAUUUUAACAGAAAAGGUACUCAUUUCGUACACCUUCUAUUCACAAAUCGUACCCAUUUCACUUUAGAAUUCUGCAUCCCUUUUAACUGCCGUUUAUGCACUGUCUUUUAAAUAUGAAUAGAUCACAAAACCAGUUUAUGCUUUGUCUUUUAAAUAUGAAUAGAUCACAAAACCAAAAGGUUUCCUUGACUCCUUCACGGUUAUAAAAUAUAUCUGUUAAUUAGCCCUUUAAGGCCUAGGUCAAAAAGAACACAUUUCCCGAACCCUUUCAUAGACUUCAGCUAGUGAGAUCCCUCCCCUUUCAUAUACCUGAGAGCUGAAAAAAGUACCCCUUUCGGGCGGCGCCUCCCCGUUUAGGCCAUUAUAGGGAGUGCCCCGGGGGGGGGGAGGCGGGGGGCAGACCAGAUAUUUUAUGGUAUUGAGCCUUCACUUCGAAUGGUGGCCAAAGAAAGUUUGUCCUGCCAGAAAAAUUGAUUUCGUUUUGUUAACUCCUAUGAAAUAAAUACAGUCGACUCCCCAUUACUCGAACCGUCGUUAACUCGAACCUCGCGCUAACUCGAACCAAAAUAGAUUUCCCCUUGAUUUCCUUCAUACAUGAACUGUAGUUUUACCCUCGGGUUUUCAAUGUAACGCUCUUACAUCUCUGUGAGGUGCUCAUCAACUGGUAUUUGUUGUAGGGCCCCAAGGUGAGCCUGGACAAGCAGCAACUGGGGUGAAAGGUGAGAAGGGAGUCCAGGGUGUAGAUGGGGAUGCCGGAGAGACAGGUCCCCAGGGAGACAAAGGAGACAGAGGAGAGGACGGUUCACCGGGAGGUCCCGGAGAUCCCGGUCCCCCUGGUGAAAGAGGUAAGUUUAUACAUCUUAUUUCUCACCCACGAAUUCAAUGCAACCAACAACUGUAGUCGAAUUUUUCUUCUGUUAUUGUUCAAAAAGUGACAACGCUGUCCACCGGAUGAAUUUCUAUCCUGUGGAUAACGCAAUUGGGUUCGUUAUUCUUGGCUUGCACUGUCACGCAAUGAAAAAUAAAAAUGCAAACCAUUCAAUACAGAAGGACUACAAUCUGGGAAAUGAAAAAAGAUAAAUAUACAAAAACCCUUGCCAAGAAUCAGGUCUGUAAAAUAUUCCAAAUGCGAGAUAUUGGGAAAAACGGUUUACCUAAAUUUAUAAAGCUUUGUAUGGAAACGCCAUGUUGGUGUCCCUUUCAGGAACACCAAUAUGGCCGCCGGAUACCAACAGAAACAUCUGUUUUCGAGUUUUCCUACUAAUGCGUGAAUUCUUCGCUUGAGGAACUCAUAAAGAUUACAGUAAUAUUUAUUCUGAGACAAGGAAUGUUUAGAUUGCAAAAUCUCCCAAAAUCGGUAAUGUUUUUAACCCACGUAAGAGCUUUCCCGGCCGCCAGCUAAAUGCCGCGUCACGCAAAAGCCUGGAAAUUGAAGCGUCUUCUCUUGCAAAACGAAGAACCCUUUCGAACCAAAAAGUUUUUUUACGUAAUGGUGUUUAGGUACUGUAAUACCUCGUGAAAGUAGAAACUCAGAAGAAUCGAUAGUUUCUUAGUUUGAUUUUUGGUGACGUCACGUGCAAGCCAAGAAUACUUAUCCGCUGGAUAGUGAUUUAUCCGGUGGGUAGGCUUAGCGCUAUCCAACAAUUGAACAGUCGAGCUCUGAUAACAAUCUUUCUACCAAGCUACAUUAUUGCUUACAUGGCCUGCGUUCGUUUUGGACUUGCAUGACGUUUUUUUACCAAUCGUAAAAGCGGAAUAGUGGCAUGAUGUGAAGUUGUGCCGUGUCUACGAGUACGAGAUUUUUUAAAGUGGUGUACGCGCGCGAGUCAGCGUCAUUUUGGCGGGAAAACGUGGUAGCCGUCGUCAUUCUACUACGACUUUUCGCGCGAAUGUCGUGGUGGCGAAAACAAGAUAUCAAAUGUUAGAAGUUUUAUCAUUCUGGGAUCGGGAGAGCGCGUAACCUCCUUCACUAAAGAUAACAAUGCUAACUUUUCUAGUGAAAAAUGGUAAAAUGAAGCUUUCCGGGGAGUCUAUAUUUUGAGAAUACGCGAAAAAACUUAAAGUCAAAUCUCGUACUCGUAGUCGUCCUCUUUCUCGAAUCUGAAGCUCUCUAAUGCUAAUUACACGCCCUUACACGCCCUUAUUCACUAUGAAUCAACUGAUGAAUAUUGAGAAACUACUUCAAGGCUGUGCUCUAAGGAAAAUUGAAGGGAACCCAGUGCUCUGAAACUGUAAAAUCUAGGGUGCCCAGCAUGUGAUUUGUAUGAAAAAUCUGAGAUUUUCUAGUCGCCCAAGGGCAAAAGUUAGGCUCCAGGGGCCAGCGGGCUCUGCUAGAGCACAGCCCUCUACUUGUGAAUGGCAAACUCACAGCUUCAUGUCACAAAUGCCUCCCAAGUAUUACUUCAAACGUUACAAGUAACAAAAAUUAACUUUGAAAGACUGUUAGGCUAACAAGUUCACAGAAACCACAAAUGCAAUCCGUUUCAUUCUUCUUUGCGUUUGUCAUUCUGGGCUUCCUUUUGUAUUUGUCGUGAUAUUUAUACCUUCUUUUAACGUUUUGAGCGGUGUUUUUAUGUUUCAUUCAAUUUAGUGGCAGUUUCCAACGUUUGAAUUUUGACAAAUUUUGUGAUACAUUAUUUCCUUGGAAGUUGAAGGGUUAGACUACGAGUAGUCCCCCAUUUUUCCUCAGGGAUAGUAGAGCGAGCGAAACGCGAUCGCGCGUGAAAAUAAUGUGAUUUCGCGUGAUUUUCACGCGCGCUCGCGUUUCGCACGCUCUACUUUCCCUGGGGAAAAAUGGGGGACUACUCGUAGUCUAUUGAAGGGUCUAUAUCACGGCUGUCUAGUUCAUUUUGUUAAUAUUUCCAGUCACACGUCCUUACUCGCUAUGGAACUUAACAAAUUACUUGUGAAUGACAAAAUCACAGCUUCGUGUCAAACAAAUAUGUCUCUCAAGCAUCAUAUCAAAGGUUGCAAACAACAAAAAAGAACUUUGAAAAAAACCGUUAGGCUAACAAGUUUGCAAAAACCCCAGUUGCAAUCCGUUUCAAUCAUCUUCAAGUUUGUCCACCCGUGACUUCUUUUGCAUUCACUGUGUUAUUAUUCCUGCUUUUAAUGUUUUGAGCAGUUAUUUUUCUAUUUUACUCAAUUUGAUGGCAGUUUCCAUCGUUUGAAUUUUGAUAUAUUUCGUGACACAAUGCCUUUGAAGUUAAUUUACGGUUUUUCAUUAAUGUAAUAGGCGCUGACGGUCCGAAAGGUGACAAGGGAACUACUGGCGAAACAACAACGGUACAAGGUCCUAAGGGAGAGCCCGGACCAAAAGGCGACGAUGGCAAUGAUGGAGCCAAUGGACAGGACGGUGCCGUGGGUCCACCUGGACCAGGGGGUCUCCCCGGGCCACCUGGAGAUAAAGGUGAGCUGUACAAGAAUGAAAAUAGAGGAGGCUUCCGCAUGCGGUGUCGCAAGUUCUAAGUUACACAAAAACGAGUCCUGUGUUUGAUACAGCUCUUACGAAAAAACGAUAAAUCUAGCUAAAAUUUCCAACAUUUUUGCGGUGAUGGUCCCCUGCGUAGAAGUUUUAUUUUAUUUUUUUUACUCGUCACGCAACGAUCUUUCCAAGGAUUGCGUGACAAGCUAAGGUCAUUAAAGCCCUGACGCCUAAAUGUUAGGCUCUUGUGCGAGGGCGGUUUGGUUUUGAUCCGAUAAACUUAUUGUGUACGCUAUAUUCAUCAAGGAGGGGUAUUAUGUAGCUUGUUCCAGGCUCUCAGAUGGUAGGGAUGACUUCUUAGUGAAAGGCACGCGAAAAUAUGAGCGCGUGAUCUGGGGGAACAGGCUAGUUAUCAUGUGGGAGGGCACUUACUUGAUUUUUAGCCAAAAGGGGGACGCGUAUUUGAAGCGGGUCGGGGCUAAUUCGAGCGUUAACGGUAGCUCUUCUAUGAUUAGCCAAAGUAACGUCUUCAUGUAUUUGAUCUUAUCAAGUACGCGUUCUAAUAAUUCGUAACCUGUACACAGACGUUGUUCAUCUUUUUCUUUUCGAAAACCGACGAGCACAUGAGCGCGGAGUGAAAGAACGAGGGCGUCUAUUUUCUCUUUUCCUCACCCCAUUGCACUAGCGGAGAGUCUGGAACAGGCUAAAAAAUAUUGGCCUCACUCCUUACUCAACAGGUGCGACCGGAGAAAGAGGUGAACGGGGUACAAACGGAUCAAAGGGUGAUCCGGGACCGGCAGGUGUUAAUGGAGACCAGGGACCACCUGGAGAGACUGGUGCGGCUGGGGACCCUGGAGCAAAAGGAGAAGCAGGCGUUCAAGGCUUUCCGGGUCGUACUGGAAAAGAUGGCGACCAGGGAGAGAGGGGAUUAGAAGGACCAAGCGGCCAGGAUGGUGCCAAAGGAGAACCGGGCCAAAAGGGUAAGAGGAUAGUUGUCUGAAUAUCAAAACUCAAGAAAAUGGCGAAUUCUUUUUUUCGUUAUAUCAACAAAGGCUUAGACACCGACAAAGGAAAAUUACAAAGGAUGAAAGAAAAGCUUUCAGUAUGGUUUAAGUGCCGUAAUUUCCAGGCACUCCACUCAUAAAAUCACAAAUAAAUAAUCUUGAUGUAACAAUUCAACCUAUUGGUGGGAAGAGGAGCGGAACUAGAACCCUAGUCUGCCACACAGCCGUUUUUAGUGUCGUCACGCAACGCUCCGAGCGUUGCGUGACGACACUAAAAACGGCUGUGUAGCAGACUAUUAGAACCCGGGAUUGACUGAAGUUUUUGGGUAUCAGAUAUGCUCAUUCUUCACAUGGCUGUGGUCAUCCGCCAAGUGGUAUUUUUAUCAAUUCUUGCUAGCUAGUUAUGAAAAAUUAGCCGCGGGAUUAAGCCAGUCAGAGACGAAGAAAUAUUUUUUAUGAUAACAAUAUCUUUUAGAGUACGAACUUAUCUACUCUGGAGACAGUUUACGGAAAUAUCAGGUAACGAUGAUCGUUACUUCGUCCUUGUGUGGAGGACGGAAGCGGUGAUGGAACUCACUCGGAACAUACCGUCAGAGAUCAGUGUUACAUCCCGUGAAUUGGUUCAAUUUUAAGAAAAUUCUAGUGUCCAAGCAAUGUGCUGCUUAAGGAAACGAGUUUUAACAGGAUGGCCAGUGUGAGCGUGUUUGUGAGUGUGUUUGUUGUGCUAUUGGAGCUACAGUAAUAGCCCGCGUAUAAGAACCUGAAUUUUUCAAUUUAGCCUAAAUAGGUUCUUAUAUAAACGGUACUUAAAGCAAAUUUAGGCUACCGAGGUUCUUAAAAUAGGUUCUUAUAUUUUCAUAUGAAUUUCAUCUGAAUAUACUAUAUAUAUUAUAAAUAUCAUCUGAUAAUACAGUAUAAAUCAUUUAUUUGUACCAUAGAGCAAUGCCUAUAGGCAGUUCAGUGCAGGUACAGCAUAUGUCCUAGAUGAUGAUCUUAAUUCAGCAGUUUCUACCUAUACACUUUUACAGCAACCCCACUGAUAAGAACCUAACUUAAAAUUUUAGCCUAAAUAGGUUCUUAUGUGGAGGGGGCUUAAAAUGAAAAUUUUAGCCUAACAGGUUCUUAAAACCCAGGUUCUUAUACGCGGGCUAUUACUGUAUUUGUUUUUCGAACUAGCGAUAUAAUAACUUUUAUACCGUAAACUUGCUCUUAAAAACCCUGGGCUUAUACAGCUUCGUAAGGGAUUUUGGGAGAGUUUAUGAACGGGGGGCCCGGGGGCGGGGGCUUAGGACCGGACUAAAAAAUAAAAAGGUGUUUCAAAACAAGCUAACAGCAGUGCUGAUCGAAAUACAUUUUGAAUUUACACGCCUUUUUAACCUUCAAGACGUCGUAAAAUAUUAAUUUAUUUCGAUACAAGCUGGGGGGGUGGGCGGGCCUAUAUACCGGUUGUAUUUUUGUUUACAGGGCCGGGUUGUUCAAAUCAGGGUUAAGAUAACCCAGCGUAAGUGCGACAUUUGAAUUCAGAUUUCAAAGCAAAGCAAAAUCAGUUUUAUUCUUUUCGUCUACAGUUUGAUGAUUGGAUGGCCUAAAAAGAAUAGAGAAAAUAAUCUGGGAAAAUUCUUUUGAAGAAAAGGAAAAGAAACCCGGGUUAAGAUUUAACCCUGUGUUAGCGCUAGUCUGCCUUUGAACAACUGGGCCCAGGUAGAUAGGGCUAUAACUAAGGGAGGGGGCUUAUAAGUAGGGUGGGGAUUAUAGACGGACGUUUACGGUAAGUGCAGUUUGGAAUACAAGGGUUACACAAUCCCUGUGUUUUGUAACUACAGGCGAUCAAGGAAACCCAGGAGAAGGAGGCGCAAAUGGAGAACCUGGACUGAUGGGUUCACCCGGGGAGCAAGGAGAACCUGGGGCUAAAGGAGAAGCCGGUGCCGUUGGUGCACAGGGUCCCCAGGGACCUAGAGGAGAUCGCGGUACCGACGGCCUUAAGGGUGAAGCCGGCGAAAAGGGCGCGGAUGGUCUGGAUGGUGAUCCCGGAGAUCCUGGACCUCCGGGAAUAGAGGGAUUACUCGGUGCUGCCGGAGAUCCUGGUGAACCCGGGGCGACUGGAGCACCAGGAGAAAAGGGUGACCCUGGAGUGGGUGUGGGUAAGAUACUCCUUUUUUUUAUUUUAUUAUUUUUAUUUUAAUUUAUUUUACCAGCUUUUCUGGACACAGCCCUCCCUGAAUGCGCACGAACGGGACUCAGGUCCCUUGCAAGAUGCCAUCCCUACCCAUUCCCACAACCCCUAAAGGUUUUUUAUCAAUAAACCUUUACCCUUUAAACUUAACCUUUAAAUUUUCUAUCAAACUAAAAAGCUUUCAUCAUUUUGCUCGAACAAAGAAUCCAAACCCUAUGCAUCUUAAAUCUCAUGUGAUUUACAAACUGACAUGUCCUGCUUGUAAUGCUGAAUACAUGGGCAAGACUGAUAGAUGUCUCAGCGUAAGAUUAGAUGAACACAGCUCUGACCAUAAUUCUGCAACGUUCCAACACUUACACAGCGCCGAGGCAUUUAAGUUUUUGUUUUCUCUGAAUAAUUUGCCUGGCUGGUUUAAGCCGAUGUAGCUAAUUUCACUUCCCACGUUCACCAAAGUAUUUCGAAUAACGCAGGAAUUAUUAUAUGCAACAAUAACUAUAACCACUUCUGUUUUCUGGGAUCUUUAUUAAUUAAGAGGUACAUACCUCAACUUAACUAUGGCAUUAAAGCUGCCAAAGAGCUUGUAUUGUUUUAGCUUUAGGUUUAAUUUGAAUUUCAGCAUUUUUGUUGUUCCUUCCUCCACAUUCUCGUCACAAUUAUUAGUUUGUUAAUAUUCAGUCACACCUUUCUGGCUAGCUCUCUUUAUAAGUUCAGCGCUUUUCCAUCUUGUAUUUCACGUUUGAUAAUGGUCUUGAAAUAAGAACCGAAAUAUUACGUUUAUUUAUUUUGUGUCAAUUCUUGCUUAUACUUAUAUUUUAAGUUAGCAAGAUGUUUUUCCGAGUUGUUUUUGUAUUAUAUUGUUUGUCAAAGUAUGAGGCGUUUUUCUCCAAACCAGUUUGCAAGACUAUUUCUCUUAAUAACUGCCGUAACGUACUGCUUAAACCCUAUCAGUUUUGCGAUGAAGGAUAAGCGGCUCUAACGUUUGUCAUCAGUCUUUCAACACGUGAAGAUGACAUGUUUUCGCGCGAAUGCUCACCUGGCAUUUCAUUGGUGGUUAGACGUUUCUUUUUCAUGUUCUUUAAAUGAGCAGUGUUGCUACAAGGAGAAAUUCAGUGUUGAGUGGACACCAUAAAGGCUGGUUUUCACUAGCGACGGAGUCGGAGUCGUAAGCGAAGACCUAAGAGCGCUUAUGACCUAGUAAAUAUGAAAAAUCGGAGUCGUAGGCGGAGUCAUAAGCGCGACUGAAUCGGAGUCAGAAGAAUCAGAACUUUUCCAUUUCUUCCGACUCCGCUUACGACUCCGUCGCUUACGUUCCGCUUAUGAUCUAGUGAAAACCAGAUUGUCGGAGUCGGAUGCAGAAACGGAAGAACUAAACCAAUCACAAUGCACGUUCCCACGCUUUGUGACUGGUUUAGUUCUUCCGCUUCUGCUUCCGACUCCGACAAUCUGGUUUUCACUAGAUCAUAAGCGGAAUCGGAACGCUGUUUUCGCUAGAUCAUACGCUCAACGCUUCUGAUUACGACUCCGACUCCGUCGCAAGUGAAAACCAGCCUUAACUGGUUAAGAUGUUUACUUCAGGAUUUUCUGACUGGCGGGGUGUUCAUAAUGCGUUCAGAGUUCUAUAAUUUCAAGUAUCCAUCGUAGUAGCCUCGUACGCAGACGUUCUUUUGGCUUGUCACGCAAUCCUCCCCAACAAAAGGAGGGAGGAACGUUCGUGAGGAAGGAACGCGUGACGAAGCCCUAAUGACGUCUGUGUGGGAGGCUACCAUUGUAGCGGUCUUUCUAAUGUAUAGUGUGUUAUUGCCCUUCGUAGGUGAAAAAGGUGACCAAGGCGAUGUUGGUCAGCAAGGAAUUAGCGGUCUCCAAGGGGACCCAGGUAGCGAGGGAGCUCGGGGAGCCCAAGGACCUCCGGGACCCAAGGGAGAGAAAGGCAACCAGGGAGUUGAUGGGGUCCAGGGAGAGAAAGGUACGUGAUUGUCUGUGUUAACUUAUAUCAACAUUCAUUUUCUUGAUACUAUUCUCCAUACAUUUCUUAUGCUAUUGUGAGGAGAGUUUGCUUCCCGUUAUAAACGGAAUAGGCUCUUUGCAGGUGGCAGGUCAGGUGUUAGAGCUUGAUAUCAUUUUCCGGCUGGCACCGGUUAAGUUGUCCUGUCAAACCUGUUCUUACUUGGACACAACCUGUUCUUGGCCGGAUAUCUCUAUAAAAAUUCCUUGGUCUGUCGUAUUUUUCUUUUCCCUUUUUUCUUAUCGAACUCCAGUAAUGUCCAACCUUAUUAAAAAUCUGAAGUUCUGAAUUAAAUCUUCCAUUAGAAGCGUAACUUGAGAAAACAGCCGACAUUUGGCGACGCUACCACUGGUUUCCCCGCGGAAUGACGUCUGAGAAACGUGUUGAGAAAUUCCAUACUGAUGACGCGGCACUACCCAGAUCUGGGUAGUGCUUCUGAUUGGUUGAAUCAAAUUUCCCACGUGGCACGACCAAUCAGAAGCAGUACCUAGAUCUGGUUAGUGACGCGUGAUCAGUAUGGAAUUUCUGCGCCCGUUUCUCAGACGUCAUUUUGGCGGGAAACCGAUGGUAGCGUCGCCAAAUGUGGGCUGUUUUUGCAGGCUAUUAUCAGCGUAAACGAUCGGACAGAAUGUCUGGUCACUCAAGGAUUUUACCGGACAAAGCUUUUUGUUGAUCGGCCAUUGUCCGUUGACCGACCGUUAUUUCAAGCCUAGCCUGCGAAAACAUUCGUUUCUCCUCGCUCUUCGUCGCUGAGGACGUUUCGCGCGGAGGAACGUCUGCGACGCAGCGACAGAAAUUCCAUACUGAUAACGUAAAAUCUGUCCAGAAUCCGGUCAGAAGCGCUGAUUGGUCGACGGAGCAGUUACAUUGUUUUAGCUAUUGUUUACAAAUGACACACCAAAGACAAAAGGCCAAAAAGGUCAAAUGUAAACACGAAGAAUCUCUAACAAAACAGUCAAUAUUUGUGCAAUAUAGUCUUCUCUAGAAGAAGCAUUUGAGUUUUGCUGGAGCUCGUGGGCAGAUCAACACAACACUUUACCAAAAUCGACCAGAAGGCACGCAAAAUUAGACAAAUUUAUAUUUGGAACCCCGUGACUACCGGAUUUAUUAUGUAAACAUUGAUUUGCGUCAUCAGUAUGGAAUUUCUGUCACUAAGUCGCAGACGUUCCUCCGCGCGAAACGUCCUCAGCGACGAAGAGCGAGGAGAAACGGAUGUUUUCGCAGGCUAUUUCAAGCCCGGUCAGAUGGUUCAAAACUGCCUUGCCGGGACGCGCAAGGAACGAACUGGGACAGGCCAAACAAAGAGCUCACAACGUUUUGAAUAGUCAUUUUCCUACAGUGAUGUCAUCGUACAAUAAAAGUUCUCGUAGGCGGACGCCCUUGAGAUCUCCCUCGGGACGCGAAAAGGGUGUCCGUAACUGGAGCGGUCCACUUACGACUGGUUCUCGUAUGCGGCCACUAGAGGUGUAUGGGAUACAUGGCCGCUUAUGGGAGCUUACCCAAAAGAACUGUUUGUUAGUGUUUGGCUAUAUUGUUGUUCUGACAACGUUGUAGUUUGGUCGGCACAGGAAUAAAAUGCCUUCAAAGUGUAACCUGGCUGAUGUUUUAGUUAAAAGGACAAACACGCAUACACUGAAACUGAUAUAAAUUCAUUGUGAAGAACAGUAAUUUGAAGUUGAUUUAUACAAGAUUCAGGGGAGAUUGGGAUUUCAUUUCGGGUGUCCGCUUGUGGGAGCUUAAAAACAAAACCAAAAUCGAACUUGUAAACCCUGACAGUGUCCCAGUCCGCAGCCGCCUACGGGAAGGUAAAAAUGCUGGGUUUGUAUUAGAUUUGAAACAGGGUUUGCGAACGUGGCCAUAAGUAGACCUGCCCUCUUAAAAAAGUGUCCGUUAAGAGAGCUUCCACUGUACUUUGUAACAACUAAAAUCCAUUUGCAUGCGAAGAAAUGACCCUGGCCCCGUAAUCCAGAAUUUCAUGGUCCGGAUUAUCCCUGCUCCUUUGAAGUAUCCUCUGUAUUCUGUACAGAGGCAACUAUAUAAAGGGAUUAGCCCCACCAUCCUUGUGUAAUAAGUUUUCGACAAGAAGCCAGGUGCAUACUAGAAAUACUAGGAAUAAAGAUAAACUUCAUAUACCAUCUUUUAGAUCAGCAACAGGUCAGCGAUCUUUCUCAUAUAGGGCUGUUCAGCUCUGGAAUGACCUUCCAGAAAGUUAAGCAAACAUAGAGUCAUUUAAUGUGUUUAAGAAUGCGAUUUAAGGACGUGCACUUGACGAGUUUUUAAGCCAUUGACACUCAAUAGGUGUAAUUAUACAUAUUUUAUAUUUUUUAAAUAAUAUGGUAAUUUUUUAUCAUUUUCAAAUGUUUAUUUUAGAUUUCUAUCGGUUAUAUUAGAUUUUAUUGUAAUUGGGAUGUGAAAACCCAUUUUAAUUGGAUGUACCAAUAAAGUUGAUUGAUUGAUUUAAUCAUUUUCUUCUUCAGGCGAUCCUGGGCUUGAUGGUCUCACCGGACUCCCGGGUGAAGAUGGAGAACAGGGACUGCCGGGUCCGCCGGGUAGUUCCGGACUUCCGGGGCCCCCAGGUGAAGCAGACUUUGGAUUUUACGUAGUAAGGCACAGUCAAACCACGGACCUGCCUGUAUGCCCGCAAAAUACAGUAUCCCUGUGGGAAGGAUAUAGCUUGCUAUACGUGCAGGGUAACGAGCGCGCUCAUGGCCAAGAUUUGGGACAGCCAGGCUCGUGUCUACCCAAGUUUAGCACCAUGCCCUUCCUGUUCUGUAACUUGAACGAGAACUGUAACUUAGCUUCGAGGAAUGAUUACAGCUUCUGGCUAUCAACCACUCAACCCAUACCGAUGAUGCCUGUAAGUGAACAAGCCAUCAAGCCUUUCAUCAGCCGCUGCCGAGUGUGUGAGGCACCCGCCAUGGUCAUGGCAGUUCACAGCCAAAGUAUGGUGGAACCUGAUUGUCCAGAGAACUGGGCACCACUUUGGAGAGGUUACAGUUUCCUCAUGGUAAGCCUGUGGUUGUACUCCCGCGCAAAUAAAAAAAAUUAACCAAAAACUUUACCUAAGUUCACCCAAUUCGCCUCGUUUGUUGUUUUGGAUAUUGUUGUUUUUUGUUUGUGUAGAGUUUAUGACGCUCGAACAUUGAUUUUUGCCAGCGUUUUUCCUUUACGAAAUGCAACUAGUCCAUGAGUCCAAAAAAGGCAAUUUCGUAGCAACCCCAUGAGACAUAGGUUCCUUGGUAUCAAAUUAAAGCUUAGGGUGUGCUAGUCUGUUUCGAGGCUUGUAAUUUUAGCUUAAACGAGAAAAUAUGGGGUUUAUUCAUCCACAUAAAAAAAUGGCGUUAACGGUGCAAAACAUACCAAAAUAAAUUGUCCGGAGUGAAUUCCGUCCUUCAACUGAAUCACGUGGAGGUAACUAAUAAAGUAGCACCGUUGCUAAUGUAAUUUCUCCUUUUUUCCCGUCAGCACACAAGCGCCGGUAACGACGGGGCGGGGCAGCUUCUCUCAUCACCAGGCUCUUGCCUUGAGGACUUCCGAACCAGUCCCUUCAUAGAAUGCCACGGUCGUGGAACAUGCCAUUACUAUGGAAGCACUUAUAGUUUCUGGCUAUCGAUUGUCAAUGAGCAGGACCAGUUUGUGAGACCAUCCCCACAGACCAUAAAAGCAGGCAGCCAACGCCAACAUGUCAGCAGAUGUACCGUCUGCAUGAAAAACGCGUUAAAUGGAAAUGGAAACGGAGGGGGAGGGGUUGUUGACCCGCUCUCCCCCGGUGGGGGUGACUUACCUAACUAA